AACGGAACGGUCCCCGUUGCAGUCCGGAAAAUGCGCCCGUGAGGACUGUUAGCGAGCGCACCCCUUCGCUGCGAUAAUGGUACGUUCCUACCCGACCUCCUUCGAGCGAUGACAAAUGUUACAGCCCCAGAGGAGGGGGCGGUCGGGAGAGAAGUUCUCUGUUGAUCUAUUCCCGCCCCCUCCCCCCGAGUUCCUCGCAUCAUUGGUCCAGCCCACUCUUUUCUGAGCCUGGCGUUUCCCUUUCAAGUCGCGAGAAGCAAAGCGAGCUUCCAGCUCGUGCGGCAAAGCAUGUCUAAGCGAAACCCUCAGUCCCGUUUCAAGUGGGAUCUUUGCUAUCUCCUUCAAUGCACUGUUUGCUUCUUGGCUUUAAAGGGCGCGGGAUUAAUUUAAAACACACAUGCCAUAUUUUUGUAUUUUUUUUAAAGUAUAGUUGUGAAUUUUAUUUUUGUAAACCGCCUUGAGGUUGUUAUUGUUGUUUUACAAUCAUUUUACAUUUUACAAUGUUGUUUUACAUUUUAAGAAAUUGAAUUAAAGUUUUUGAGGUUUUAUAAUUUUUUAUAUUUUGUUGGAAGCCACCCAGAUGGGCAGGGUACAAAUAAUAUUAUUAUUAAUAAUUAUUCAAAUACGUUGGUGCGAGUCAGGGUUGCCAACCCUCCCCCCCCAAACUUUUUUUUUUUUUUUUGCACAGCCUGCCAAGUCAGCAACUGAAGCUGAACUUCUUGUUGUGCGCCUAGGGUUGCCAGAUAUUUUCUGGCGGGGCUCCUGUGCCAGGUAGAAGAUUAGGAGUUGAAGCCUUUUCUGCCUUGGAAUCACAAUUAUAGGGGAAACUUCUGUAUAUUUCUACCAGCCAGGGUGCUGUUAAAAGAAAUAGCUCCACCACAAUAAUAUACACACACACAAAUUACUUAAAUUCCACCUGUUCUUUCAGCAGCUUACAAGGAUUUCUUGUUUAGUCUUUAUAAGAUGUCCAAAGCAAAUAGUGGAUGAUGCUUCACAUAUAACAGAAGGACGGAUAUUCCAAAGUUUAAGGGCAACAACGGAAAAUGCCCAGGUCCAUGUCCCAUUAUGUUCUGGUGCCACAAGUAAAAAUUUCCCAGCUACAGGAACUGAUUUAUAAGUUGGUAAGCUGAAAACUGCUACUUGUGGUAAGGUGCCUCACCCAGCAAACAACUUGCUUCCAGCCCUUAUUUGGGGAGGUUUUCCUCUGCUUCUACCUGAUUACUUUCCAUUGGUACUUCAUUAUAUUCAUUUUAGAAUCAAAAAAGAAAUGGGGAGGGGGAAAUCUUGUGUCUCUACAUGCCUCGGACAGCAAAAACAAAUUUUAUAGAACAGAAAAAAAUAAUUAAGUCAUGAGUUUUGGCAAAUGUCAGGGUAAAAAGCAGGAGACAGAACAAUUAUCCUGUUUAAGCUACAGCCUUCAAAACAGUUUCACUUGCUUUAAUUUAAGGCAAUAAAUUCACAUUGAGUAGUCAGUUAUCAGUUCUGCAAGUAUAUUCCUGUUUUUAAUGUACUUAUUAAUAGUGUUACAGCUGGCCAUGCAAAGAGUGCGUUGCAGCAGUCUAACUUCAAGACUAGAAAGACUGUAAAGACAUUACCAAUACUGUGCCUCCAGUUUGCAGAAUGUUGCCAACAGCCUCAUAUAUAGAUGUUGAAUGGUAAACAUUCUGAAAUUGAACCAUGUAGCACCCCAGCAAAGAACGUGCAGUUAUCAUUGUUACAUUCUGUGAUGUCCCAGUUAGGAACCCAGAAGAACAAUUUGAUUCUUAUCAUCUGAAUGUCUGUUAGUUUCUGUAGCUGAGUCACCAAGUCUUUGUGGCCAGUGGUAUUAUAGGUUGCAGAAAGGUGGAUGGGCAUCCAGAGACUACAGUUUGCCUUAAUUUGCAGAGCAAAAAGGAGGAUGCUAUGAUGGUCAUUCAAAGCAACUAAAGAAGAAGAAGAAGAGGAGGAGGAGGAGGAGUUUGGAUUUGAUAUCCCGCUUUAUCAGUACCCAAAGGAGUCUCAAAGCGGCUAACAUUCUCAUUUCCCUUCCUCCCCCACAACAAACACUCUGUGAGGUGAGUGGGGCUGAGAGACUUCAGAGAAGUGUGACUAGCCCAAGGUCACCCAGCAGCUGCAUGUGGAGGAGCAGAGACACGAACCCGGUGCACCAGAUUACGAGUCUACCGCUCUUAACCACUACACCACACUGGCUCUAAAUGCGAUUUGUCCCAAAUUUUACCCCUGAAAAAGAGGAUGCGUCCUGGAAAAAGAGGACACAUGGCAUCCCCAGGGAAACAGAAAUCGCUGAGGAAAGCCGUACAGAAACACAACCUGACAGGUGUAUCUAAAGCAAUUGAGCUACCACUUGCUCAGCCAGCAUCUGGAGGAGGAGAGGACAAACGGUGAGGAAAGAGCUGUCAGUGGAGGGCGGCCCUUUCUCCAUCCUCUGGACCCCCUGGACCGCUCAACUAACCUGCUGUACCUGAACUGGGUGUGGAGAGUGCAGCUGAAUGGGACACAGCUGUGGGCAGCCUAAGGAUGUACCAUCCAACUUGGACCUGCCCAUAAAAAGCAAAUCUAGAGUGAGAGACUAGGGUGAUGUCUGCUGUUUACAUGAACUCUUUAUUGUGAGACUUUUGUGCGUGAGCUGAAAGUUUGUUUGGACCCUGGGCAAGAACCCAGAGCCUGAGAGGGAGGGUGUGUCAGAAGGUAAAUGAAAUGAUUGACAAAAAUGUAGAGUUACAUAUAAAAAUGUUGCAGUAAUACAAAGUUACUUAUAUAUACACUACAUCAAUAUUAGUAAAUUUGUAUUAUUGUAACAUUUUUAUAUGUAACCCUGUAUUUUUGUAAUAUUUUGUUUAAGUUGUUUGUUGUUGCUUCAGUUGUUUGCUACAGUUCUUAGAUAUAUUUUAAAUAUAUAAAGUGGUAUAGAAAUCAUCACUAAUCAGCCUCCCCAUUACAAAUAAUUUGAUUGACAUCCAAAUCCAUUUUUGGAUUUUGUGACAAGCGGAUGAAUGACCAUGACAGCCUGGGUCAUUAUUGUUCUACUGGUGUUUGCUGUAGCAACAUGUAAACCAUGAAACAGAAAAACAUAAAACGCACCAUGGCCAAUCGUUUUCUUGUGUGUGUCAGUUAUAUGCCUGAAGUUCCUGUAAUGUUUCCUGCUUUACACAAAUGGCACAUCAAGUUUCCUUUUACUGCUGCACAAAAUGAAAAGUGGCUUUAAAGCUCUUAUGAUCAGAGUCUAAUCCUAUGCACACAUAUUUGGAAGUAAGUGCGACUGAAGACACCAAAACUUUUGAGGAACUGUAGAUCAGGUUGCGUGUCCUAUUUAUUUCAAAGGGGCUUCCUUUUGAAUAAGAACCACCAACACCACUCACCAUGUUGAUAGCUGAGGGGGUAAGGAUGCUGUGUCCUAUUCUCUCUGCUGCUAGGGAGGAGUAUCCCUAGUAAAGGUCUUCUCAAACCUAGUGAAGACUGAAAAUUACGGAGGCCCACCUGUCACAAAAUGGUGGCAAAUAGCAGCAGAGAGUUUGACACAAUCAGCUGGAAAUCACUGGCAUUUUCUGAUAAGUGAUCUAUCUUUGAAAAUUACUCAAUUCUUUCCCACAGCAUUUACCUUGUGGUGAGCAGUUCCAUAGCACAUCUUCUCUCAAGCUAAGUACAUGCAUUUACUCAGGAGAUACUCUGCCGUUGUCGGCAGAAUAUACCGAGAGUAGUGCUGAUAACACCAAGGUUGCACGUUUGAUCCCUGUACGGGAUGGUGUCAUAUUCCUACACUGCAGGGCGUUGGGCUAGGGUACCUUCUAAUACUAUGAUUCUAUGAUCUAAAUGCUGUAAGUGGAGAAGGCCUUUGCUUUUAUAUUUUACCUUCCCACAUGCACUUGCGUCUCAGCAUAUUUUUAUCCAUCUCCUGCAUUUUCUUGUCCUAUUCUUUUUACACACACAGUGUACCUCUUCCUCCCCACCCCGCAACACCUGCAAGUUUCUUUCAUCCCUUCUUCCUGGCUGUUUUACAUUCACUUCGUUCUUCUGUAGCAGCUUGCCUCUUAUCUCCUUCCUUUCUAUUCCCAGAUGCUGAUGAUGGUGGUGAUGAAGAUAACAACCACCUUAUAUGUGAAUUUCUAACCUCCUCUCUCUGGCCCUUUCCCCAUAGGAGAGGGAAACCUAGCUUCCUCCCCACCCCACAUUUCUCCUAGCAACAUUUACUUAGCAUGUAAGGAGUUGCUGGAGCCCAUUGAUCCAGCCCCAAGUCACAGCUGGGUGAUGGAACAGGCAACUGAGGAAGCCCUGGAUAGGUUGUGGCACUGAGAACCUCCUGAAAGUGACCCAAGGCACAGUGUCUGAGAAACAUUGUGCUAAAGGGAAGGUUCCUGCCAGCAGCAGGAAGCAGAAUGGCCCAGAACAGGAUGCUGUAGGGCAACGGAACCAGCGACUUCAGAUCUGGGGGGGUGGGGGGCUGAUCCUUGGAUCCCUCAGCUACACUAGCUUGCUGGCUGUGGUGUUCCCUGGGUGGGGGUUUGGGUGGCUGUGCAUGAUUUUCUUUUUUAUUUUUAAACUAAGAUCUCUGUUUCAAACUGAGUGCAAUAGAAAGUCAGAUAAACUUAUCACCCUGUUGAAAAUAAGUCCUACCAUGUUUAUGCAGUUCCGCCGGUUUCAGUACAGCUUACUUACAAAUAACCUUAGGGUUGCAGCCUUUGGCAAUUAGUCUUUGCUCAAGACUACUUGAUCUCCUUACGAUUUAGCAUUCCUGACUUUCUCUGGGUUGUGCCCAUAGUCACUGGCUUAACAGAUAAUGAGGUGCCAUAGCUUGGCUCACAAGAGCAACUUUGUAGGGUGAGAUGAUGUACUUUCCUUAUGAUGCUGUUUUACUGCAUUGGAGGGAUUUUCUGAACAGGGAAAUAUGCCCUGAGUUUAUUCCAUUUAUUGGUUUCUUUUGUCUUGCCCAGCUUUUUCAGCGCUGACAUUUAUGAUUUGCAUUUGUUAUUGGGUGGAAUAUUCAGAGAGUAACACUUGAAAUAUGAGCCCCUGUGUCUCGAUAUAAAAACGAACUUACCAAGCAACACAGCACAUUUGCAAGGGCAUCAGUGUCUGAGAUCUCUUCCAGAGAGAUAAUAAUGAAACAAGAGACAGUCACGGCGAUGCUAAAUUUUGAUUCUGUCCUGUGACAUGUUAGUUUGCAAAUAUAAAUAUUUUAGAAUAAAAAAUACAUGCCACGUUCACCAGUCAGCACUAAUGGGAACAAGUGGCACAGUCCUAGUGACAAAAUCUUCCAAAGGCCUGACUUUAUUUUUUGAAAGGGAGUCUCCUACUCAUAAGAAUGCAUACAUAAAUAAAAUAAAAAAUACAGCAGUGUUGUGCCUAACUUCCCCUAAGUCUUAAAAUCUACCUAGGUUUUCUUUCUUUUCUCUUCUUUUCUACAAUUCAUGUAUCAAUCAAUUCUAUGUAUCAAUCAAGAGUAGAGUGCUCUUGUGCUUGAAUGCUGCUUGCAGGUUUUCCACAGGCAUCUGGCUGGCCAAUGUCAGGGUGGGAUGCUGUGACAUCGCUUGAUCCAGCAGGCUCUACGUUCUUAAUCACAUUUGUAUGCCUUCUUUUCUCCAAAGGGCUUGUGGUGGUGUAUGUGGUGUCCACAGCCAGCCCAACACAUUUUGGCACCCGAGGCAAACCACAGACUCACAGGCCCCCCAGGUUAGUGAGAUGGAGGUGGUGGUGUCAGUAAGACACUGUGGCUUACCAUGGUGUUCAAACCAGGUCAUUGAGUUUUAUGGUUGAAAAGGUACGUGAAUCCAUUUUCCAGACUGCUACGCUACACUUGCUUGCUUUCAUGAGAGGGAAACUUCACACCUUGUCAGUGCCUCUCCUCUGCCUCCAUUAGCAACCCAGAACAAAAUCUCGCUCGAGUUCAUCCCAGCAGAAGGCACCAACUCUGAAGUGAACCUAUGUUAUCCCCACAUGCUCCAAUGACACAUCUUUUUAGACUGCCUCCAUUCAAGACAUCAUCCCUAGCUAGCAGGACCAGUGGUCAGAGAUUAUGGGAGUUGUAGUCCAACAACAUUUGGGGACCCAAGGUUGUUCCAACAUAUAUUAACAUGUUAUGUGUGAUUCAGGGUUGGGAACUGGGCCAGCAUGGUGUAGUGGUUAAGAGCGGUGGACUCAUAAUCUGGUGAACCGGGUUCGAUUCCCUGCUCCUCCACAUGCAGCUGCUGAGUGACCUUGAGCUAGUCACACUUCUCUGAAGUCUCUCAGCCCCACUCACCUCACAGAAUGUUUGUUGUGGAGGAGGAAGGGAAAGGAGAUUGUUAGCCGCUUUGAGACUCCUUCGGGUAGUGAUAAAGCGGGAUAUCAAAUCCAAACUCUUCUUCUUUCCAUACUGCUUACAUCACAAACCACCUACUGCUGCUGAUUUCAUAGGGUGACUUCUGAAGCAUGUAAUUUGUAUUGUGCCCUUGUCAUGUAAUGAAUACCAUGGAGCAGUCUUCCCCAACCUGGCGUCUUCCGGAUGUUCUGAACUACAGCUCUCAUCAUCCCUGAUCACUGGACAUGUUCGCAGAGGCUGAUGGGAGUUCGAGUCCAAAACAACCGGAGGGCAGCAGAUUGGGAAAAGCCAUGGGAUUCUCUUUGCAAAAGAGAAGUGCUGAAGACUUGGUCCAUGUAAAUCAAUAAUCACUGCUCACAGAUCCUAAAUGGGGAUUCCUUCAUUCCUUAGGAUUGUGUGACAGUGGUGUGCUUAUGUUACGUGUCUAUUAAAUCAUCAUCAUAAUAGUGGCUGCUAAACAUGUCACUAUAGUGUGUAGUUUCGAAUACAAAUUUGUGUGUUUACUCUUCAGGCUUGACUGCAUUACAAUUUGUGUGUGUCGCUUUCCUUAGAAGGUUUUCUCAGACUCAGAUUAUUAUGUGCACAGAAUUUUCAGACUGAUGAGGUUGCUUUGUAGAUGCAUGUACAAAUGUUGUUUAAUGUUUCCUCCUAUCUCCAGUGACAUUCUCGUUGAUUGCUACCAACUAUGUUAGGGGUAGGCAGACUUUUGGAUCAACUUUACUUUUUACUGGAACCCCAAGAUGUACCAACUAGGUGCAAAAGACAUAUAACAGAUAAGACAGAUGACAUUUGCCAGAAAUUCCCUUCCACAUUCUACAUAGGACAAACAGGCAAAUCUCUACAUUAAAGAAUAGACUCAAAACUGAGUUCUGAAAUGGCAAUAUUAAAAAUAUAUCAACCUCCCAGAAAAAAAUAUUUUCCUUGUUAAGGUCUUUUGUGCUGUCUUUUGUGUGAGUACACAUUGGCUCCCAAUCUUGGAUUUCUGAGUUUAUUUCUAUGAGCAAUCCUCACUUGCAACCCUGGGGACAUUUUAAAAUAGCGUCUUACUGUGUACAAGAAGCGACUUGUCCAGAUAAUGACAUUAUUCUUUCUGUAGCCUUUUAUUUUGGCAUUUCUCUACAUCUCUCCUCCCUUUCCAGCCAUUCUUCUAGAGCAUGGAGUCAUCUGGAUAUGUCUGUUCAAAUCUAGGAGACAGAAAUCUCCGGGACUUAAGUUAUUAAUGUGCCCAGCUGAUUUCAAUGGUGACCAAGCGCAAUAAACUAAGGGCUUCUUCUCAGCCAGAACUCAGUUCUGACAACUCUCAGGUGAGUGCCAUUGCCAUUCUAAGAGAAUGAGGGAGAUGUUCAUGGUGAGUUCCAGCACUUCUUUUUCUAGAAAAAUAGCACUAGUUGUAGUCAAUGCUGCUGUUCUACUUAUUCAAGACUUCUGCUUGUGCAGUGGGACUUAUUCCUCACCAUUCCUCAAGGACCCACAAAACUGUUCUAUAGGGUUUCUCAACCACGUGGAAAAACAUUUCGAGAGUGAACGGGUGGGGGCUGCAGAAGAGAGGACAGGGAAGUUCCAUCGUGCAAGCAAAAGCCUAUUAUGCAAGUGGAACAACAGUGUUGAAUACAACCCCAAAUCUGGAUCCAACUCAGUGUGUUUUGGAAUGGUCUGGCACAAAGAAUCAUGAGAUAUCAUGGACUGGUUGGAUAAAGAGGAAUGGUGGGAGGAACCAGCUGGGGAACCCCCAAAAGGAAGGAGGUUCAGAGUCUGGGGAUUGGUGCUGGGAUGACAAUCGGUGGUCAGAGAGAGAAGAGGAAGAAGCCUGGGAGGAGGAGGUGUCAGAAGCUGAAGGGGUAACAGGGCUUAGUGAGCUGGGGGAGCCUGUGGCAGAGAGGAGGCCAGAAGCAGAGGCAGAAGCUGAAGCAGGAGAGGAGGGAGGUCAAGAGGCAGAGUCCAACUGUUGAAGAGGCAUGAGUGUCUUCCCCUCCUGCUGCAACAAGUUCCUCUUCUGCCCACCCCCCCCCCCAUGUCUCCCAGAACCAGGAGAGUCAUGAAAAGGGUGGAGGAGAUGUUAGCUACACACAGUUGCUGUGUCAGAUUGCUUGGGGAAAACCCUGGAGAGGAGGGGACUUAGGCAGCUGCGGGGAGGCGGGAACUUGCAGUCUCUGCAACUGCUUCAUGGGGGCAAGUCCCGCCAGAAAUGAGUUGCUAUGCUCAUUAGGUCUGACACUCCUGUGUAGAUCCUGUUUUUGCUAAUAAAGAGUUAACUCCAACUUUCUUGGUGUGAUUUACUGCUAGCUUGCUCCUGUCUUGGGACCAGUUAGGAAUCAGCCAAUAACCCCUAUAAAAUUGACUUGCUUUCUCCACCUCAAAUCAUGUAUCAGUUGUAUAUUAGGUUUCACAGUGUGGCAAAACAACAACAGGAAACCCAAGCAUUUGCUUUGGUGCAACAAAACCAGCUAUUAUGGUUAUGAGUGAUUGGCUAAAUAGGAGCUAAACAAACUACACCUGUAUAGAAUUGAUAUAAAUUAUUCUAACUGGCAACUGUGCCUUUCAAUUGAAAAUUUAUGAAGUGCACAAGGUGUCCCCUAGCAUCUGGUGGUACAACGUUAUGUGACUUCUGUUGUCUCUGUCUCUAGACUGACAAUGCUGUGAGCUAUAGUAAUUGAUGCUAAUUUAUAAUAUACUGUAAGAAGCCCCAUAUUGAGAACAUUAUGGGUAUGAAAGGGUUCUGGGAAAGCAUAUGAAAACAUAAUUUUGUGUAUUAUUUAGGGGGAAAUUACCAUCCUAAUUUCCACAGUGUGACAAUCAGUUUUGUUAACAUACAAUUCUGAAGAAUAGUUUUUACAAUUAAUAUUUCAGGGAAAACAUACUGCAGCUCUCAUGAUUGCUUCUGUGCAUCUGCCACAGUGGGAAAGAUAUACUCAAGGCAUAAGAAAAUUAAAUGGAAAAAUAUGGCACAUACACAGAAUUUUUAGGGGAGGGGUGCAGUUUCCUCGCUUGAAGCAUGUAAACUAUUUUGUUAAUACAAGCUGUGAGUAGCAUCAGCUUCUGUGUCAAUUCGCUUGUUUUUCUUCAUGCAGUCAAUAUUUUUGGUUCUUCUGAACUGAGACAAGUCUGGCCAUAGAUCUACGUAAUGUGCAGUCUGAUCCUAAUCAUGUUUACUUGGAAGUAACUCCCACUGAGCUCAAGGUAAAGUGCACUACAGUCCUACAUGGACCUACUCAGAAGGAAGCCCUGCUGAGUUCAACAGGCCUUAAUCCAAGAUAAGUGUAUAUAGGAUUGCACCCUGAGAGCUCUUGGGAUCAAAAGAUCCUAAUAAAAGAUACAAUUGGCCAUUUUAUUAUAUAUAUUUCCUCAGAAUGUAUUACUAUCCUCUGAACAAGCGUACUAACUUAACGGCGGUAAGGUGAGGAAAGAUGAUGAGAAGUUUCAUUUAAUAAUUUUUGCUUGGUGCACAACAGCCUUCCUCAAUCUGCCGCCCUCAUGAUGCUUACAGCUUACAGCUGCCAUCAGCCUCAGCCAACAUGGCUAUAAAGGAUGAGACUGAUAAAAAAAAUUCAAAAACUGCUGGAGGGCAUGAGGUUGGCAAAGGCUGUUGCACACCGGCGUCCUUAGUCUUAUAAACUUUGGACAUGAUCACAUUCAUUUUGUAUGGGCCUGGUGAUUUAGAGGAAUCAAACAGAAAUUUACCACAGCAAUCCAUGCUGUGUCCAGUACUGGAGAAGUGGGGGGGGGGGGGACUGUUGCAAGGCAGUUGUCUUGGAGAACCUUAAUACAGAGCAAUAAUAUAAUGGGGUAACUUGUUGCCAGUAAUCUGCUCCCGUAAGCAGACUGCCUGCUGCAUUCCGCUCUAGUUAAGGCUUCUGGUUGAAAUACACAGGUAGGUAAAGGGACCCCGACUGUUAGGUCCAGUCGUGGCCGACUCUGGGGUUGCGGCGCUCAUCUCGCUUUAUUGGCCAAGGGAGCCGGCGUACAGCUUCUGGGUCAGCAUGUGGCCAGCAUGACUAAGCUGCUUCUGGCAAACCAGAGCAGCGCACAGAAACGCCGUUUACCUUCCCACCGGAGUGGUACCUAUUUAUCUACUUACACUUUGACGUGCUUUCAAACUGCUAGGUUGGCAGGAGCUGUGACUGAGCAACGGGAGCUCACCCUGUCAUGGGGAUUCGAACCACCAACCUUCUGAUCGGCAAGCCCUAGGCUCUGUGGUUUAACCCACAGUGCCACCCGCAUCCCUCUGAAAUACAUGGGUAGCCCCACACAAAGGACAUUAUAGUAAUCAAGCCUUGAGGUUAUCAGUGCAGGCACCAUUUAGCCCAAGAAUGCGGAACCUGCGGCAUUUCAGAUGUUGUUGGACUCCAACUCUCAUUGGCCCCAGACCUCAUUGCCAAUGGACCCGGAUGACAAGAGCUGCAGUCCAGAAAUAUCUGGAGAGCCACAGGUUCCCCAUGCCCAAUUUGGCUCUUGCCAAUCCCUGGGCUGUUGCAUUCUGUACCAGCAAAAGCUUCUGAACUGUCUUUAAAGGCAGCCCCAUGAAGUGUUGGGUGGAGGAGAUGUAGAUGGGGGGGGGGGGGCUCGAAGACCAGAUGAAGCCUGUGUAUCUUCAAAAAAAUAGUUGCAUGAAUAUUCCCUAGGAAUCACCAUUAAAUGGAUGUCAUAAUUUUCCAAACUCUCUAAGGAGCAUGGAUAGGCUUAUAAAAAAUUCAUACAGCAAAAGCAACUAAAUUGGAUUUGUCAAUUCACUUACAGGUUGGCUUAUUGCUUGCAUUUUAAAAGAGUCCCUAUUUCUUAUAACCUUUAUAUUUCUGUUGGACAAAGCAACAUGUAAAACCCAAGCUUCUUGCACAAACCUAAAAAAAUGAUCAUGGUACGGUUUACUUACACUUCUCAAUAUUUGGUGCUUGAUUCCAAUUCCAUUUUCAAUAAUUGAAUAGUAACUGUGACAUGUUCAUGAUGUCCCAAAGCUGCAUAAAACUUGUAUGUCUUGUUUUUUUCUCAUUAAAAAGAAUUUAGGUGCACUGCACAAGCGAAGAGGGGGGGAAAACACCUACAAUUAUAUUGUAAUUGCUUUUCCUGAGUAGCUCAGACCAAGGGACUCAUAUUGUUGAAAGGGAAUUCACCAGUCUUGAGCACUUCAGACAGAUGGAAAACAAUAUACUGAAUUUCAAUUCAGCAGGAGAAUAUAAGUUAAACAGCAUAUCAUCUGAACACAAUAACAGCAAUUCUUUUGAAGAAUUACUAAAGUUGUUUGAUGAAGCAAACUUUUAUUUACAUGCCAUUUCUACUUGUUUUCCCCACCAGCAUUCAUUUGAUUUAUUUAGCAUCACCACAAAGUUUACAUUUAGCCACACAUUUUAAAAGAAGAAUUAAAAACAGGCCCAGCUGUUUCUUCCUGCUUCUUCACUUAUAUGUCUUCAUAUGCCAGAGACCAUCAUUUAAAUAGUGGAUAUUCUCAAUGCCAAUUCCUUUGUUGACCUUCUCAAUAUCCUCUGCCGACAUCUUCAUGACUCCAACACACAGGGCAUGUUGCUUUCCUUCGGCCAUUAUUGCCAUGAUUGUAUCAGCAGCAGCAGGAUAAAGUUUAGCUCCUGGAGACGUCAGACCAGGGCACAUGAUAUUUGCUCCACUAAGUACAAAUUUAAUGGCUCCUUUAUCAACUUGUUGAUGUGGUAGAAUGAAUGGGUAUUUAUGAAGUAAUCUGAGCGUGGGAUAAAAUGGUCCUUCCCUUUGCCUGAAGAACAACAAUUCUCCAUUUACUGUGAGGAUUUCUAUAUGUUCAUGACAACGUACUAUCUUCACAGGGUCUUUCUUUGGCAUAAUUUGAUUUAGCCAUGGUUCGAUCCCAGGAAACUGGUCUAUCAGCUGGUUCUUAAUGCCUUUAAUAACUGACGUUUUUAGUUGGAUGCAGUUGGACACAUUCUCCUUUUCAUCAAAUUUUUUGAACAUCUUGCCGGGGUUUCCGCGAGAGCCCUAAGAACCGAGGGCCUGGAAGGCUAGCGACUAGCAGCAGCAGCAGCAGCUCCCACGCAGGCCCUGUUCCCACUCUCAAACCCACGCCACCAUUUCUACUUGUUGAUUAGGAAUUGGCAGCUGCAGAUAAGCAGAAAAAUGCUAGAUUGUGUUAACCAAUUAUAGUAGUAGGAAAUAUUUAAGGAUUAAAUUACUAACACACUGGGUCUGCAUAAGAUGAUGAACAGCAUGAACCACAGACACAGAAUUGGCAAUGUUCUAAAAUGCUUAAUGGGAGUUUCAACUGGUAAUGUUGAAACUGCUUAUUUUUCUUUGUAAAACCUGUCCUUUAAAUCAUGUUUCUCCAUUGUUACCCUUAUCUUUUAACUUGAGGAAGACUAAAAGGUCCGCUACUUUGGGGGUCAUCACAACACUGAAACUUUGUUUAUGAUUUCCAGACUAGAAGAACAUACCUUUAUUGAUGGGGGAGUGUGGAAGGAAAGUUAUUGGUUGCUUUACUGUGGGCAAGAGCCCACAAUAAUGGUGAGUAUAAGGCCCCCCUGGGUGAAAGCCAGGUGAGAGAUGGGGUGGAGAUUCUGGAUGUUUAAAGAUGAAGUCUCAGAUCCACACUAUUGGAUACAAGUGCAUUGUCUGCAACAUGUGAUCUACUUUCUUAUUAGGGAUUAUUCUGAAUUAUUCUGAAUUAGGGAUUAUUCUCUCUUCUGUUUAAGUUGAAGCUGUUAAACUAGCUUACCAUAUUUGUAUAGUUUACUCGGUGACGAGUGAUUGCCAAAGAAGCAGCAGCAUUGUAUGGAUUUAUUUUUUGUAUUUAUUUGCUAAAUUAACAUUAUUUCUAAAUGUUUCUAAGCUUUAUUUUGAAAUGUGAAAUGCUGUAAGAUACUUUGGGCAUAAUUUGUGGGGAAGUAAGUCCCACUGAGAUAACUAAGACUCCCUCCUAGGUAAGUGUAAAAAGUUGCAGUUGAAAAUAUAUUCAGUGGUCCAGCAGCAGUUUGUUGAGGAGCAACAAGAAUGGCUAUUGACCAAAAUAAAUAAGUAAAAAUCCAGUAAAAAUCACAUGUCAGUGUGAUUAUUAACACAGGCACCACAAGAGAGUUCAGUAGUAGGUGGUCAAGCAGUCUCUGCAAAUGCACAGUUCUGCCCCACUUGCAGUGAUAUAAUGUGCCACUUUAGUUGUUGCAGCAGCUAGUAAACUGGCAGCAUAAAAUUGCACUGCCUGAGAGUCUUUUCGCUCUCUCAAAACCACAUCCAUGCUUAUGUUUUUUAAAAAGCAAAAUGAGCACAAUUAAGGAUCGUUUCAUUAAUCUAUAAAUGUCUGUAAGAAAGCAGAACAGCCUGCCUGUCCUCAAAAGGAUGCACCCUGCUUAUUUUGUAAGCCUCAUGACAAAAAUUGAAAACCACUAACUACUUUGUUAAGAGUAGCCCUAACACAGUAGACUUGUAUUGAACCACUAGCCUGGAAGCCGUAAGUAACAAGGAAAUGCAUGCAGCUCAGUGCAGGAAAUUUUAUGCAGAAAAGUGAGCAGGUGGGUGGUGGAAGGUUAGAGCUCCAUUUCCUUCCUCUGCACUCUUUACGGAAAAACAGCACGCUGCUGUGUUAUUCACUCCUCCGUUACUAGUAAAAAGCUUCUUCCUCUUUGCAUGCUAGUAACUUUUGGGGUGCUUAUUUACAAGGCUGCAGGGGUGCCUGUGGAUGUGCACUGCGCUGACUCCCCAAGUAAUAUCAAUUUGAAGAAAACACCACCCCAAAGCAAACAUUUUAAAAGUACAAACCCCUAAAUUAUAGGCAUUCUGUUGGCAUUACCAACUCCACUUACUUCUUCGAUGCAACGUGCGCCUUCGGUGAGUGAGGGUGUUUGGGUGUAAGAGAGAGAAAACCACCAAGUGCAUUCGAUUUCCCCAAUAACCUUCCGCCUCCGGCGUUCUUCAGCGGCGCGGGGGGCCGUGCUCUCUGCGUGACGCCGCCCAGCCGAGGUUGCCCGGUGUAGCCAAUGAGCCGCCAGGAGAGCUAGGGCGCGUGCGCCGGGGAGCCCCGCGUGGCUAUAUAAACAUGGCUAACGGAGAGCGGAGCCGCUUGGGGGCUGUUCCUCGGGGCGGGUCUUGGAGGCGGCGCGGGGCUCCGUAGGGCGUUGCCGGCUCGCGUGCGCCGCUGUCCUGGCCGGAGCCUUCUGCUCCAGGCGAGAAGUGCCUGGCGCUACACGUGCGCGCCUCUGAGGAGGAGAAGCCGGCAGCGGCUGCGUGACCAUGUGUUUUCUGCAGCCCUGCCCCUAACUCUUGCUUGGUCCGCGAGCGGGGCAGCCUCUGAGGCAGCUUGUUUCGCUGGGGACUCUGCUGCCGCCGCCGCCGCCGCCGCCGCUGCUGCCGCUGCUUUUGCCGCAUCGUCAGCUGCGGAAGCUUCGCCGGCUCCUGGGCCCCCUCGGAGGCUGCUAUGCUGUGGACUCGCUCGGAGUCCCCGCAAGGCUCCCGCACUUUCCGCCGCGCGCCCUCUCCUCCAUGACGACCCCGGGAGCAGCCGCGCCGGGGAGGGUCCUGCCCUCCGGGUCUCCUGAGCUCGCUGCCUUGGCGGCCGGCCCCGCCACCGCCGCCGCAGCCGCCUUGAAUGGGACCGGGGGGCUCCGCGAGGCCCACAGCACGGCACCGCCCGCCGCGGCGGUCGCCUUGAACGCCGAAGUUCCCCUCAGCAGAGUCCCUCCUUCCGUCGCCCAGCAGCCCCGGGCGGCGUCCGCUCCCGCGGCGGGCAAAGGGGCGCCUCCGGCUCAGCAGCCCCCCAAGACGCCCGGCGCGGGGACCAGGCUGCCGGCCCCUCAGCCCGGAGCCCCCAAAGCCCCGCAGACGGUGACGAUACAGCUACCUGCGAACUUCCAGAUCCCGCCGGGUGAGUUGCCGUCUCCCUUUCCUGGCAGCGCUCCUGUUGGAUGAGGCCAAGUUUUGGAUGAGUUUUGUUUUGUUUUCAGCUAACGGGUCAAGUCAUCAGGGAACUAGUGGCGAGUUAUGGGCAUCAUGGUGGGAUGAGCCUUCUAAACAUGAGAGCAGGGCCGAUGCUUCGUGGCAAAGAACUGAUUCUCAUGCACACGGUCCCAGCUUCAAUUUCUGCUAUCGGGGUGGGGGGUGGGAGUGGGGACAACGACAUGGGACUCCGGUUCAAACUCUGCAGAGUGCCGAGCAGGUUAAAUGGUGUUUAUUGUGGGGAUGGAGUAGCCUUCAUCACCCCUUCCGAUCUUUCGCAGCACCUGCCCACUGAAUGUUGUUGGCACCAAAAUGCCAGCCUGUGUAUCUCUGCCUCCCCCCCCCCCCCAUUCAAUGCAGAUUCCUUGGGAAAAUCAGAUAGGACUUUUAAAAAAAAUGUUUCCAGCAACCCAUCUGCAGUAUCUGUACUGUAUGGUUCACAGCAUUAAGUCUUUAUAUGGAAACACUCCGAUUCAAUAUUAAGUGAACUUUUUUAUGUUCUAGAAGUGUGACAUAGACUAUCAUAGAAGUAAAGGGAGAAAGUUAGUAUUGUAAUCCCCUUAGUUUCACUUUCUAAUCGCAGAUCGGUGACUUAAAAGUUCCCACAACUGCAUAUUUGCGUGAAAUGAUUCCACUGAACUGUUGCUAAAUUGCUCAUCUAAGUUAUGCUUGUGCCACAUAUAAUAAACUGACAUGAACUUUUUUGCCUGCCUGAGGUAGGCUUAGUUUCCUUCUCUUCUCCCUGCCCGCUUGCAAAGAUAUAAUAUACUUGCAAAAGUUUUUCAAAACGUUUUGACACCCAAGCUUUUAAUGUUGAAGUUUUGAUAACUUGUGUGAUUAAAAUGUGUUUUGAAGCUAGCUUCAGCUUUGAGUUGGUAUCAUAUUUUUCUAAUUAAAGUUCUAUCUUUUUGAGAAAUUGAUAUUGCUCUCAUUUACCCAGACUUUAUUACUUGACAGGUGCAUGUGGUAGGUGUUAAAAAGAGAAAAUAUUAGGAGUUGGAACAAACAGAAAUAUUAGCUGUUAGACUUUGGUAUGGCAGAAUUUCUGUGUAGCAAAUGUGACAAUACAAAAAUAGUUAUCUAAUUAGCACCCCUGGCAGGAGUGCCACUGCAGGGGCCUGUUUAGACAUUGCUCUUCUUGUCACCAACAACAUAUGUCAUGAAAUCAGGAGCAACUUGGUAAGUUUCAGUCUUAUUCAUUGCUCCCUUGGUAUGCAUGAAAGGGAGUGAUCAUCCUAGGAGAUCCUGCAGUUCAAACUGAGUGUGGGUGACCUUGGAGUCGGUAGUUAUCUAUAUCUCAUGAUGCUGCUUUUUUUUUGAGGAAACAUGGCAAUGCACUGAUUUUCCUGCCCUAAUUUUGAAUCUGUGCCAAUGUAUCUGUUGAAGGAAGGGCACAGGUUGGUCGACUCCAGAACAGCUGCAGCUUACUUCAUCCUCAUUUGUUUCAUAUACAUUUUAACACCAGUGGCAGAAAAAACUCCUGCAUAGUGGUGGCAGGGCUAUUGCUGGUCACACACAAACUUUGCCACAACAAACAUUACUUGCCAUGAGUGCCAUUGACUGAUAGAGCGGCUGCAGGCCCAGAGCAAGUAACAAGUUGAAAAAUGUACCUUACCAUAUUGUCCAAGUAUUAAUUGUUGCUGUUCGUCCCUGCUGCUAGCUGUGUUAAAGAUGACUUGUUACAUCAAGGCAACCUGUAGUGUGUCUUCCCUGACAACAUCUGAGCAUUACUGAAGGCAUCAGUGAUAGGGAGAAUUUGCUGGAAAAAAUAUCGCUACUAUGUUUCUACAUAAUGUUUUCAGUUUUAGAAAUUCAUUGUUUCAUGAGAUUAGCUGCAUGAAAAAAAUACAUGCUGAGCUAGGCAGCUAGAAUGAAUAAUAAUGCUAGUAAAAUGUACAACCAAAGUCAUAAUUUCUUAUGACUGUUCCCAAGAAAACACAAUUACUUAUGCAUACAGGUAUUCUAGCAUGCUAAAAUGAGUAUUUAACAGUUUUCAACACCUUAAUUUUUUUCCUCAGGUCUAAAGUGUGUGAAUUGUAACAUCUUAAAAUAUUUUGGAGCUGUAUCAAAAGCUGCAUAUCUGCUCACUCAGACUUCUGUACAUGCAGUUGAACUUCUUUCUCUGCAGUCCAUGUACACCCUCAAAAUCAGCUCUAGAGGGUUUGGGUGACCCUCCAGAGCAGAUUUUUUAAAUUUUUUUUGCAGGGGUGCAUUCGGGAAGGAGAAGAAACAAAAUCCCAUGUGUACAGAAAUUCACAGCACCCCAAAUAACGAGGGCUGCAAGAGCUGGUCCAAACAGAAAAAAAAUUAACUGCCCUCCUAAAAAAUCAAGCAAUGUACCAUAUGGCUUUCCUAUGGAAGGGAGUUCCAGGGAUUAGAGGCUGCUAUAGAAUAGUGUUUACAAGCAUUUAAAUACAGUGGUGCCCCGCAAGACGAAUGCCUCGCAAGACAGAAAACCCGCUAGACGAAAGGGUUUUCUGUUUUUGAGUUGCUUCGCAGGACGAAUUUCCCUAUGGGCUUGCUUCGCAAGACGAAAAUGUCUUGCAAGUCUUGAGAUUUUUUUUUCGCUUUCCCCCCCCCUUUUUCUAAGCCGCUAAGCCGCUAAUAGCCUUUUAGCAGCUAAGCCGAUAAGCCGAUAAGCCUUUAAUAGCCGCUAAACCGCUAAUCCGCUAAGCCGCUAAUAGGGUUGCUUCGCAAGACGAAAAAACCGCUAGACGAAGACACUCGCGGAACGGAUUAAUUUCAUCUUGCGAGGCACCACUGUACAGUCAAAGCUCUCUUUCAUUAUUUUUAUUGAAACAUAACACGUUCUUAAUCAAAUAUUUCUAUUCAUCUAUUUUGAGCUGCUAGAAAUAGUUGAGGUUUUUAUACAGCAUGUUAAAUUAACACGGAGCUCCUUUUUUCUUCUUUUUUAAUAAUGUAGUUAAGCGUGAUACAUCAAACCAUCAAUUUAGGGUGAUGAGACAUCAUCUGAUUCAAAAUUUUCCACAUCGCUGUUGGACAUAGCCAUAAUAUUUUUUGUUUUUCUUACUAAGAUUGCACUGCUUUGAAAAACAGUAGCUGAUAUUGCAACCCACGUGAGUGAGACAUCCUUGAAUGCUCAGCCUCAAUGGAUUGCCAUACGUAGGCAAAGCUUGUUUGUCCUUGUCGCUACCUUUGCCUGUCUGCCACGGCGAUUUCCUUUAUUCUAGACAAAAUGCAAUUAUGUAACCCAACUGUGCUGAUGGUUUCCAGAUUUUGUCAUGCUUUCUACAACAGUUUACUGUAAAUUGGCAGCAUGAAUUUAUGCAUCUGCAGUCUCCCUCUGUGUCUUAAAAAAAAAAUCCAAAGAGUGGCAGACAAGUAAGAACCUGUACAUGCAUCUCUAGGGAUAGCAUAGGAUGAAAUCUACUUACUGUGCUUUGGCAUUAGAAGUGACUUAUGUGAGGGCUAGGGCAAUUACCUAAUUAACACAUGCACUCUCUAUUUUUUGAAGCAAUUCUUUUUAGAUGCAAGCAUGAGCUACAGUAGACAUUAUCGUGAAAGAAUCAUCCCCUUCUACUAGGGAAUAAUGCCUCUUCCAUAAUGCUGAUAGUAUUGGUACAUUUAAGACAAAUCAUUCUGAUUAAUUGGGGGCAUCUUUUUGGUCUUGCAUUUUAAAAUCAGCUAAACUUGUCAAUUAAUAAAAAUGGGAUUCUGCAAUAGUGCCAAAAUAGAGGGUAAAAUAUAAUAUUGGGUAGACACUCCACUCCACUGUAAAGUCCAUGUGACCCAGAGUGAAGUCCGUAAUGAGCAGCCUAUGGUCCACCAGCAGGCUAGUGCUUAACUAUAAGGCUGACUGAAUGCAAGUUGCUGAAACCAAUUUAGAAAUUGUAUCAGCAAGAUUAUCUAGAAGUUACUGGUUUUGAUUUUUCUUUCUGUUUGCUACUGUUUGGUUGCUACUUUUUCUUGCUUUCUGUUUGCUACUGUUUCUGCAACUUGCUUCUUUUGACUCCUUUUGUAAACAGUUGGCUGAAUAGCACAUGUGCUUGACUGCUCUGGGGAGUUGGAUGCAGUUUGCCCCUUCUCCUUAAAAAAUACUGCAGAUCAGGAUUUCCCUGGGUCUAGGCUGGGGAUGUCUAAAAUGCUGGUGGCAACUGUUAGUACAGGCUAGAGCUGCAAUACUCUUAAUUAUCUUGCAGGGAGUGUCAAGAGUGUUGUGUCAUCACAGAAAGAAAUGAAUGGGUGAAGAGGGGGGAGAGGACAGCAGCAUACAAGACGAAAAGUUGCUGCAAGUGUGUCCUGUGUCUCAAAAGGCUCAAGGCAACCUUCAAGAAGAGCCUUUGACCAAACAGACUUUUAGUGACACACAUGAAUAAUAAUUUCACAAAGCCAGUAGGUGUUUAUUUAAAAUACUUGUAGCCCAUUAUUCAUUGUUCAUACAGUUGCACACACAAACACAAUAAAGCAGUAUUUCAUUAAAAUACAACUUACUAUAUCAUCGAAUACACUGGCACCACUUUAGCCAAAUGCUUGGGUGAAAAGCCACUUUUUACAUGCUGUCAAAAGUCUGUUGUCAUUGGUAGUGCUUGCACCUUAAAGGUCAGGGUAUUCCAGACUUUCUAUUGAGGAAGUUGUAUUCAUUAUACAGGAUUAAUAAUGUACUGAAAGAACUUAUUUGCAUUCUGCACUGGGAAUGGUUGUUCUUGCACACUAUUAUUGCCAUUACUCACUAAGGUAGCUAUGCUUGAACUUGGCUGAAGAAUUGGGAAGUAACACUUUCUGCUUUGUAGUCAGCAAAGGCUGGUGCUCUGAAACAGCAAAAUUGUGGCCAGGCCCUAGAGAGCAACAUUCCCCAACCUGGUGCCCUCCACAUACUUGAACUGGAACUCACCUCACAUCAGCUGCAGCCAGUGAAGCUGUGGGGGUCAUGGGCAUCAUAGUCUACCCCUGGAGGGCACCAAGUUGGGCAAAGUUUGCCCUUGAGCAGGGGCAGGGUAGCCAAGUUUGCGGGUGGCACUAAAUUGUUCAGGGUGGGUAAAACAAAUAGGUUGUGAAGAGCUCUAAAUGAUCUCUCCAAAUGUAAUGAAUGGGUGGUAGAAUGGCAAAUGCAAUUCUGUGUAAGCAAGUGUAAAGUGAUGUAAGUUGUGGCAGAAAACCCUUAAUUUCACAUUUUAAGAAUGUGGGGUCUGAACUUUCUGCUAUGAGGAAAGGCUAAAACAUUAGGGGCUUUCUCAAGGGUUUCAGAAAGUUUUCUGAUGCAUAGGAAAUUUAUCCAAUUCAGAAUUUCCCAAUUUCUAAAAAAAAACCCUACCCCUCCUAAUUUCCCAAAUCUUACGAUGGGAACCAUUGAACUUUCGGCCUUUAGCAUUCAAAGGGAACUUGUCAUAAGUGCCUUUGUAGAGGUCUCAGCUGAUUAAGUCACUCAGUAGCAUUUUACUAGGUUGUGUUUUGAGGACCCGAGUGUUCGCCACAACUUACUUUCAUAGUUAUUCUUCCCCAUGCCUGUCUAAAAUGCCGGAACAGGCAUUUUAGUGGAGGCAACAGAGGGAAAUAUUAAAUCGAUCUUAAGUUCUCUGGCACAAUAAUAGCUUCUUUCUUUGAAAACCAAAGCAGAAGCAUAUACAAACUACUGCACAUAUAGUUCUGUUCAGAUAAUUCCUGGGUUGGGGUGGCUGAGCAGGCUUAGCAGUUAUUAGAAAGAUUUUCAAAGCUGAUCAAGAUAGCAAUAGCCAGGGCACCUACGCAGUGACACUUUUGUUGCCGUUACCAAACACUGCCUCCUGUGAAGCGAAGUAGCAAAUAGGUUUUCUUCUGGUUAUGUGUUGCUUACCUGUUCUUGGGAUUCUUCCAGAUGUGCACUGUCCCCUUCCUUUCUAUGCUCAGGGGCACCCAACAUCCUAUGCAGCUGUUCUAAGGCAACAGUUAUCAGGCCACCACACAGAGCGCUUGUUUCGGUUCAAUCCUAGAACUGUUUCUCCCGGCAGGUGUUCAAAUGUGGGCGAGUGUUGUAGAACAGCGCUAGAUAAUCCAUGUUCUCAGGCACUUGUGACACAUGCUUAGAAUUUCAUGAAGGGAAAACACACACUUAACUAGCUGCACCAUUAGAUGGCAGUGUUGUACAACUAUGUUGCAGUUAGCGGACAGGAUUAUAACUAUUGCAGAGCCAUGUGCUUCAUUCUUAAGGACAUUUGGACACAUGAUGUGAAGUGCCUCUUGGCCUUUUAUGCAGCCCAUGUAUACAAGUGAAAAUAAAUGUAGGGUAGAAAGUAGAACAAAGGCACCAAAGCUUUGUGGCACCCAGGCUACCCUAUGUAGACUGUGCAUUUUGUACUGAGAUGUCAAAGCAUUUUUUGGUGUGUGUGUGUGUGUGUGUGUGUGUUUUACAGCUAGGUCCUGUGCAUGCAUACUUAUGAAUAAGUGCACCGUAAGCUUAUUUAGACAUGUGUGUUUAGGAUUGCAGUUUCAGGCUUGCAAAUUGAAGAUGAGCAUGAAACCCCUAAUUUGCAAUUUUGUCUUCAUUUAUACUCCUGUACCCAGCACUUCUUUACUCACACCUUUGGGAGUUGCUGAUGGUUGGAAACACUUGGAUGUUUCUUACUACCCCUCUUUACACACUGCUACUCUUUUUUUAUUAAUGAAUUUUAUAUGUUUGCUAUUUAUCUUACAUUUUCUGUGAAGGGUGAACUAUAAAGUCAACAAUAAAUUAAGUUUCAAGCAUUUCCUCCUCUGAAGCCACAGUUGCUGUAGUUUUCCCGUAUGUUUACCAGUCCCCCUCCUCUUUUCUUUCUUCUGCCUUCUCUUCUGUUACUUGUGCCCUAGUUUAUCCUUCCAGGCUGUCCCGGAUCCUUCUUCCUCCCCCAACUUGGAACUACACAUACCAAUUAAACCUUUUCUCUAGCAGUGGUCUGUAGCUGAGAGAAGAUGUCAAAGGCUGGCCUUUGUUAGGCUCUCGACUUGCUACCUGCAGAAUAGCUGAGGGAAGCGUUGGUGGGGGUGUCAAGAGCUUUGAGACAGUUGUUUCUCCCUAGAGUUAAUGGGGGAUUUGAAAGAAGGAUCACUUGAUGGUGUUGUAAUAGACAGCCAUACCACUCUUUAGAAACAAACAAGUUUCACAAGGUUUUAUGUUGGUUUUGAAGCUGCCUUGGUUAGAGGUGACAACAGAGCAGCACUUUCAGCUCUCUAACUUCUUGUUCUCUAACGGCACCUACCGUUUAGAGGAUUUAACAAGUACCCAGCUAUUACUCCUGAAAUGAUUGUAACUUUAAACGCUCACCGCCCUAUGUGGAAAGGAGGAACAUACAUUUCUGCAUGGUUUCUUGGCCCUUUUAAGGAUGAGUUGGAAGUCUUAUUAAAAAGUAUAUUUAGCAGGGGUGGGAAACCUUUGGCCCAUAGGACAAUCCUGGCCUGCAAGGCCAUUUCCCCCAAAUGUGGGGUUUGUGAUAUCAGCUAAUGGGCACUAGGGCUGGGUUAAAUCCUGUUGUUGGCAACAUACCCCUGUUCCAGCAGUGAAUAGUUUGUGGAAGUAGGAUUAAGAAGAGGAGUUUGGAUUUGAUAUCAUGCUUUAUCACUACCCGAAGGAGUCUCAAAGCAGUUAACAUUCUCCUUUCCUUUCCUUUCCUUUCCUUUCCUUUCCUCCCCCACAAGAAACACUCUGUGAGGUGAGUGGGGCUGAGAGACUUCGAAGAAGUGUGAUUGGCCCAAGGUCACCCAGCAGCUGCAUGUGGAGGAGCGGAGACGUGAACCUGGUUCACCAGAUUACGAGUCUACCGCUCUUAACCACUACACCACACUGGCUCUCUGGGGAGGGGUGUGUGCCUAUGAGGCAGACUUCCCCUUACUACUUUAAUAUCAUAAACAUGGAUAAGUGCCUUAAAAUCAGUAUUAAAAUGUUAGAUUCUAGAGUUGUAUAUCUAAUUAAAAAUUCCUGAUUUGAGCAAAAGAAGGCCCUCACCUUUUUUUUUUUAGAAUGAACCUUGUCUGGUGAAGAAUAUCAAGCAUAAGAUUUCUUGCCUAAAAAGAAACACGUAGGUGGUCUCAGAAGCGUGCUGUCACACAGCAUUGUCUAUCAAGACUAUGACAAUUACUUUUUAAGUAUGGUAGGACCUCCCCUUGGGUGCAUCAUGCUCCAACAUUUUGGUCUUUUCAAAGGCAGGUGAAAACACACCUUUGUCCAGGCCUUUGUGGCUGGCUGUCAGGUGCAUUUUGACUUGUUUCUCCUGGCUGCAUUUUCAUUUUGUUGUUGUUGCCGUUUGAUUUCGUUCAUGAUUGUUUUGUGUUGAUUUUAUAUAUUUGUGAUUUUUAGGUGUUUUUACCCUGCCCUCAGACCCCUGAGUGAAAGGGGGGGAGUUAUAAAUAUGUGUAAUCUAAAAAUAUUUAAUACAGAAGCCGUUGCCAAAAGCAGGACUAACAUUGUGGUGUGGCGUGUCUUAACAUCUCUAUAUUGCAAGCUGUGAGAGCAGAGAUGCGUGACUAAACUAAACCAAUUCAGAAUUUAUUCUUAAAUAUGUUUGAUGGAUUUUUAAAAGGUCAAACAAUAAGCUACGUCUGUCACAACACUAACUGGAGCACAGCAGGAAUGUAGUAGUCUGCUGUUUAAACAGAGGAGCCUAGAAGGGAAGUGUGCAGUACUAUAGAAGCAUUGUAAUAUUGCAUAAUUCAUGUACUGUUUAUGCUGCCGAUUUCUUGCUUAAAAGUUUGGAUUAAACAAACUCAGAUUUAUGUACUUGCUCUUAAGAACGUGUAGUGGAAGGAUCUGAUAGUAUCUUCUUUCCUGCAGGAACGGUUCUCGUCAGAAGCAGCACUGGACAGCUGAUGCUGCUGUCCCAACAAGCACUUGCUCAGGUUCAAAGCCAGUCCCAAAAGAACCCAAUUGUACGACAAUCAUUGCCUGCAAAUGCACCUACAGUCAAAAUACAGACUGUACAGGUCUGUACAUCCUCUGUAAUAGCAGUUUUGGUGUGUGUUUCUUCUGCUACUAUAGCUUUUCACAGGACUUGGGCCAGUUUAUGUCUUUCUCAGGGAUGUGGGUGCAGCAGUGAAGUGAAUCUAGUCUAGAUGCAGGAAUCAUUUCCAUCUUUUUCUGGCACCACUUGCCCAUACGUAGGAGCUUAAACAACUUUAAAAUGUUAAGCCUUAAUUGCCUAUAUAGUACAGUGAUUUUCUGUUCUUUCCUCUGCAUUCAACUUGCUCAUACCAGCUAUCACUGUUACUACAUGGAUGGAAAAUAAUUAUUUCAGUACGUAGAAAUAAAAACACUUGAACAGUCAUAGCCUGAAAUGCUUCUUAAGUCAUAGCAUUUCUUCCUAUCCAUAGAAAGAAACCUUCUCUACUUGGCAUGCUCCUGGAUCCUCUUCUUUAUCGUUUGCAUCUUCCUGUUCAGAAAAGACUUUUGCCCAGCCUACUUGAAGUUAGGACAAAUAACACUGAUGUGUCCAGUUAGACGGAAAUGGUGCUCGGCCGCUUACCUGAGAUUUCCUUUUGAGGCUUUUACCUAACAAUAUAUAUUCUAUUAUCUUUCUGAAAGAAUUCUGGAACUCAAGUACUGAAAGUAUCAGCUGCUCCUCAUACAACAGUGACUUGGACAACUCCUUCUGUUAAUUCCAAUGUUAAGAAGCCUGCUAUAAUCCAGGUAUGAUCUCCUUGUUAUUUUCUGGCACUUAACCUUUUAGCUCACUGAGUCACAAAUCUAAUAAAUGGCAAGGUGGCUUUAUAAAUCAUGCUGCAUGUAUCUUUUCUUUUUUUUACAUGUGCCCAAUGGUGCACUUGCCAAUGUAACUCAAAACAUGCUGAGGAACAGGAAAACUCCCCCCGCCCCCAGUCAUCUGCCUCAUUCAUGUUGCCAUAUGGGUUGGGUUAGUCAUCCAUAUUCCCCAGCCUAUGGUAGUGUCUAAUGGCUGAAUCUGACUGCAAUAAAGGAGUCUACCUCUAAACACAAUGCUUUAUGAGCUCUCUUCAGUGAUGGUCAUUCUCAGCUUCUGGUGGUUGAUGGAAAUGUGCACGGUUUUUAGGAUUAUUAUCUGUCAGACAAAAUCGUUAUAGCUAAAUCUAAAUGUAGGUUCACACGAGCUAAUCUGCGUGCAUAAUAUUAUGUGUAUCUGUUUGCUUUCUCCAAAAAGUGUGAAUGGGAGACAUUCUUGGAAAGUUGUGUUGGAGGGUAGUAGGCACCAACACCAGUAGAACAAAGGUGCCUUCCUGAUACUAAUAUUAAUGUAGCAGCUUUAGUUUUGCUUUUUCCUGUCAGAAUUGAAUCUAGCUACUUAAAUGUUUAAUUUCUUCCAGUCAAUAGCAUCAACAAAUAAUAGCAGCACCACAGUUGUGGCUGCAAAGUCUUUGAUUACGGGACCAGUGGCAAAGCCUCCUAUUUCUGAUUCUUCUGUGCUCUCUAUUGCUACAAAGCCAGUCCCUGACACAGAAAGUAGGAUAGUAGCACAGGCCAGCACCUCUAAAGUAAGUGCAAAGUAAUCUAAGAUUGCUUACCUUUCCCAGUAUUUCAGAACUGAACAGAAGUUAAUUUACUCUUUUGGCUUCCUAUCAGGAAAUGCUGGAAAAUGUGGAAAAGUGCAAAAACUUCCUAGCAACACUAAUAAAACUGGCGUCCAGUGGGCCUCAAGCACCUGAAAUGGGACAGAAUGUGAAGAACCUGGUACAAAGUCUGUUGGUAAAAGUUCAUCUGCAAGUAUUUGUGCCCUGAUCCUAAAUGUAUUUACUCAGAAGUGAUUUGUGUGCACACAGGAAAUGAGGGUGUGAAGUACGGGAUGGAUUAAUUACAUGGGGGCAUAUUAGAGGCCACAACGUCAUUGGCUACAGUGCACAGUGGGGCAUGGCAUAAGGCAAGGAUCCCAGUCAGCAGGCAGCCUGGCUGCAGGCCAAUGUUCCAGUCCUAACAUGAGUACUGGGACAACAUUCAGAGGGAUGCAGAAUUCUCAGGCACACCAUAACGUGAGCCAAUCUUGCAGACCUCUCAAACAAUGAAAAGCUCCUCCCCCGCCCAGUAAGUUUUUCUAUAACAUGUUUAGAUAUGCAUGUGCCUUAAACAGGGAGGUCUAGGUUGCAAAAUGAGUUUGCAGAUGCUAGGGUUGCCCUAUUUCAAAAAGUGAAAAAUUCGACAUGAGUUGCCAUACAUCUGGGUUUUCUUGGACAUUUUUAGUGAUUUUUGGAAAUUCCGCGCAGACUCUAUUUCCAAUGGACGAACCCCAGAUAUGUCCAGGAAAUGGCAUAUCUGGCAUUUGCAAAGCUUUUAGACUUCUGCAGCAUGCUCAUUAAUUUUGGAGUGUCAUAAUUGCCAGAAGCUGAUCCCAUUCUUUUUCACAGAGUGACUAUUGUAGAGUGUAUGACAUGGCAAUACUUCUGUAGCUGUUUUUGCUUUUCCUGAGCAUGUUCAGAAUAGGCAAGUUAAAUACUGCCUGUUAUAGUAACACAUGCUACAAAUACAGGUGGGAAACAGGAAAGAGAAGCUAAACAAAUAGGAAGGGUUUUGUUUUAUUUUAGCUGCUUCUGGAUACAAACUAGGAGAAAUUUGACUCUCUGCAGUCUGUCUCUCUAGUCAUGUGGCAGAAAUAUUGCAAAUUUUUUUACCGCUUUGGUGCAUUUCCAAGUUUCUAGUAACAACUUAGAAAUCUUACUUAUUGCCCACAGUUGCUGGUUUUUAACCAGUGAAGAAUUUGUUUUAGAUUCCUUUUGGGAGCCUGCUGAUACUGUACACUUUCUUCAAUUUAAUUGUUGAAUAGAAUAUUCAGUGUAUGAAAUUGUUAGUACUAGAAAGUGAGUGAAUUGGUGGGUUCAGUUUAGGCACACCUGGAGAAACGACACGUUACAUUUGUGCAACCAUUUCCUUUCCUAUCUAGGAAGCCAAAAUGGAACCUGAAGAAUUUACUAGAAAACUGUACAUUGAGCUAAAGUCUUCCCCUCAGCCCUAUCUUCUCCCUUUUCUCAAGGUAUGUCUAAAUGAAUUUGCUCCACAUUUUAAGUAUCAAAGUGGUGAUGGUCCUUGAUGGCUGGGUGAAAGGUUGUUUUGAAAUGUCAGGAGAAUUAAUUUGCAAAGCAAAACACACUGGGAGUCAGCAUGACGUGGUUAGUGUGGGAAAGUGAGCCCUUCCAGUAAAAUUCUGUCCAUGCCUCCAUUGUGUUGUGAUGAGAAGUGGGACCCGCAAGUUUGUGAGGCUAGCUGGCACAAACCUGCAUGUACCAUUUCGGUAAAUUCUACCCAUUCAGGGGAAACUUCCUGCCCAUUCAGGUUCUUGUGGCUCUCACACAUGCAACAAGAGCAGGACUUCAGGACCAGCUUCAUAAAUGUGUCUGGGAUGUUGUCCAGUGUGCUUAAGUCUCCUAUCAAAGUGCAGAUUUGUUAAUGAUUGCAAAGGCAAACAGCCUGAACUUUAGGAAUCUUCCUUGAAGAUCAGAUGUGAUAAUUUGUAUUGUUUAGCUGGUCUGCUAGUUAUCUUUUUAAUGUUUUAGUAGGACAUUGAUACUAUUCAAUGAGACACAGUGCAGUGUCAAUGGUGGAAGGAAAAUGCAGGAUCUUAAUUUUUUUCUAUUGCUUUCUUCCUUGCGUAGAAAAGUAUGUUUGCCUUACGGCAAUUAAUGCCUGAUGCACAGGCCUUUAUACGGCAGUGUCUUCAACAACCAGGACCACAAACAGCUCCUCCGAUUUGUAGCACAGCAUCAUCCACUUCUUCGGUACCUGCUGCCAGCACUCCUGUGACUGCGACCUCUCUUAAAAUUCCGACCGGGAUACCCUCCCAACAGACUUCAGGCCCAGUCCUCUGUACAUCACAGGUGACAAGAGGAUCUGGUUCUCUUCAGGUUGUUCAGACCACUCCUGUUUUGUCAGGGACACUCUCCCUUCAAGGUGCCAGUCCCGUUCCCUCCACUAAACCGACUACUGUGAGAGCUGUACAUCCAGUCUCCUCCACUGCAAUGGUGGCAACUGGUACCACUUCUCUCCAGGUUGUGAAACCAGUCCAUACCCCUGCAAUGUCGUCAUCACCUGCAUUUGCUGCUCCUAGUUCUAUAAAGCCGCCAUCUUCUGCUGCAGCAACAUCUCUACAAGCUCUGAAGCCAACCUUGACUACUGCUGCACCAACUGCUACAACAGCAGUGACCGCGUCUCUCCAAUCCAUAAUGCCAGUUGCUGGGAAACCAAUCACUAUCAGAGUUGUCCAUCCCAGUUCGGUCCUUUCCCAUUCAGCUCAGACGUCACAGGCUGUAAAGGUAAAGCAGUUGAUAAGUUUAUCUUGCUCUUGAUCUGUAAAGCUCUGAAGUUUGCUAACCUUAGCAGUUCAGCUGAGCCAGCAAUUCAAAGGCAGUUUAUCAGCAAAUAAUUAAAAUGUGUAUUUGCCCCUUACGUACCUUGCAUAACUUGACACCUGAGAUGUACAUUUUAAAAGGUUAAUAAUAUAUGAGGAAAGGGGCAGUAUGGACAUAUGUGAGUACUAAGCAACAUUGAAGAAUAUAUCUGUCUGAUAGCAGUCCACUCAAAGAAUCAGGAACAUUUAGCACCCAUCUCCAUGAAUAAAACUCUGGCAGAUACUAAACAGAGCAGCUUUAUAUUUGACAAUGUAAACUAAGCAUUCCAAUACCAGAACUUUACUGAGCAUGAAUACUUGAACUGGGUUUGUAUUUGCACAGCUCACCCAUUCUGUGUACUUGACCGUAGACAGACCAUUAUAUCUUGGCCUCAUUCCCAUAAUACAGAUUGGGGGGAUAUGGUCUACUUUACUGGGUUAUUGUACGGAUUAAAGACUAUGUUACAUGCUUUGAAUGUUCAAGGGCUGUACAAAUGUUGAAUGGUGAUGGUUGACUCAGCUCCCCACUUCUAAGUCUGUCUCAUUUGAAGUCACCAUAGGUACUGUUGUUGGACAUCCCUUUUCUCCUUGAUCUACCAACUGAAAGAGAUGUUAAAGUUACUGUGCAGUUAUUUUCUGUUUGAUAAGGAGAGCAGGAAACCUUUCACAGACAGAUAAAAGAAAGCACUACUUCAAGCAGCACAUAGCUAAGCUAUGGAGGCAGUGAUGGCUGCCAUCUUGGAUGUCUUUAAAAGAGGUUCAGGCAAAUUCAGUGGCUACCAGUGGCUACUAACUGUGAUGGCUGUGUUGUGCCUCCACGGUUGGCAGCAGUUUGCUUCUGAAUACCAGUUGCUAGAAACUGCAGGAGAGGAGAGUUCUCAGGUCCUCCUUGUGCAUUUCCCAUAGGCACCUGCUUGGCUACUGCAAGAACAGGAUGCUUAGACAAGAUGAGCCAUUGGCCUGAUCCAGCAGACUUUCCCUAGGUUAAUAAAUUUGCAGUGCUGCAAAUUGUACAUAUACACUGUGUGAAGAGCUCCAUGAUUAGGUAUCAGAUAAUGGCCUCUUAAGGACAGGGGUGUUUUUUCUGUCUGAUCUAUAACAUUUUCUGGACUGUUCUGUCUCUAGAAUUGGUGCUCUUCAUCCUUGGGAUCCUUAGACGCUGUGGAACUGCAACUUUAAUAAUUCCUGAGAGUUAGGGCUAAGUGACAGCAGAUGAUGUGAUCUGUAGUCCAGUUGAAGAAAACGUCAAUGUUUCGCUUGGCAGUUUUAAAAUGCCCAUCUAGUUCUUAUUUGCAGAGGUUCACUUCACUGGGAAGAUUCUAAUUUCCUCCCAUGGAACAGUUUGACCCUGAUUUUUUAUUUUUUCACGUUUGGGGUGGGGUUAAGCAUCUCCUGCUUUUGGCAUAAAGUUCACACCAUUCAAACUUCACCGCAGAACCCCUACAUCAAACUUGUUAGUAUUCUGGAAAGCUGUUGAAUAUAUGGGAGCAGGAGAGGUUAGAAGGCACUUUUAGUCUUUGUAAAACAUUGGGGGUACAUAAUGUCUUUAACUGUGAGCCAUGGCAAAAUGGCUUCUGAUAUUUGCCCUUUUGAGUCGUAGCAGUAGGUAGCUUUGAUCUCAUUUUAUGAUCAAACAGAUUUAUUUAAGAUAAUUUCAUCCUGCUUUUUGACAUUAUCCCCAAAGCAGUUUCAUGCGUUUAAACCAACAUCAAACAGCCAAUAAAACAGUAAAAAAAAAUCGAAGAGGAGCACCAGCGGUUUGACACAAGUUCAUAAAUUCACCAGAUCCACAAAUCCCUUCUGAAGCAAAUUCCAGCUAUCCUAAACAGGAAAGACCAAGGGGAGAAAGUUUCAUAAUCUCAUUGGUGCCACUGGGAAGGGCUUGUUCCAUAUUGCAAACUUUGGUGCCUCUGAUAGAAGGGAGAUCACUGAGCAGUGGUUCUAUCGGUGUCUUUUAAGUGUGCAAAUAAGUUUAUAUUGGAAUGCUCACAAAGCAUGUGUCCUGCCAAUAUGAUUGUACCCAUUACUGCUGAAAAAGGGGGAGUGUAGUCAGACUUCUUAAAGCCAUUUGACAUGCUAAUGUCGUUUACAAGCUUGAUCUUGGAUGACUUGGUCAGCCCUGAUGCAAGUGUUGCACUUUCAUGUGCAUGACUAACUUGAUCUAAUAUUGUGACUGUUUAGUUUUGCAAUGUGUGCUGAGUACUUUUAUGUGUAACUUUUCCAGAUAGUCCAGCAGCCUUCAGGAAGUAUCUUGAAAAAAGUGGUCACACUCGAACAGGCUUCACUCCAUGCUGUGAACAAAUCAGGUGAAAAAAUGCCAUUAAACACUUUGAUCCAGUCUAGCCAGCUUCCUGCAGGUACAGUUAAGUUAUCUGGCUGAUUUCAGACCUCAUACACAAACCAUAGCUUGCAUAGCUUUCUGUGAACUGCCUUGAGACCUCCGGGUAUAGGGCGGUAUAUAGAUUCAAUAAAUAAAAUAAAAUAAAAAUUGAUUUGAACCAGAAAGUGCACCAUGCUGUUUCCACUUUACAAAAUGUAUCUCUGUGCUUGGUGGGGUGUCCUGCAUUUCAGUGGUACAGCUCAAUGUUUUGUCUGAUGUCAAUAAGCAGGGAAUUCCAAAGUGUCCAAAGAUUGUUUUCUUACAGCUGUGGAACUAGUAUUAUGUGGCACAUGUAAUAGUGCCGGUUCCACAUAUCAAAGUGGUUGAGUGGGCACAUUUGGGUUAAGGUGAUCACGCAACUGAAUUGCUCCCUAGCCAUUAAGUGGCUUUAUAUACUUGGCCAGGUAAGAAAAUGACAACCACUGCGGAUCUCUGAGCAGAGGUGUUGCAUGCUGACAGAUUCUCAUUCCUGGCAGCAAGUGAACUGCAGCUGUAUGCACUAACAGCAGUUUCUGGGUUAAGCACAAAGGAAGCCCCACAUAGAAUUGCUUGGUUGCAGUAAUUCAACUCUGAAGUCACCAGGUUCAAAAAAAUGUUUAAAACGGGGAUAAGGUGAACUUGGGCAUCUCUCUUAGUGUUGCACACUGUAGUUAAUUGCAACAUGUUACUCAGCUGGUAAGAAACCGGCACUUGUUGCCAAUUUUCCAGGCUAAAAGUUGUAAACAGCUUGGGCCAAAAAUGCAUUAAGAGUUUGUCUGAUUCUAUGUUCCAUCUGGAUCACUGAGAUCCUCUGAUGAGGAACUUCUAGUGGUUCCACUUACCUCUGAUAUUUGAUGGCCUUUACUAUGAGCCAGACCUUGGGUGUGGCAGUUUCAGACCUGUAGAACUCACGUCCAGUAGAGAUUCAGCAGGAACCAUUUCUCGCUUUUUUCCCAAUGUCUUUUGAAAACUAUGUUGUUCAGACAGGCCUUUUUAAUAUGAAUUAUCUCUUUUUAACCUUUCAGUAUUUGUUGGUGGUUUUUAAUGUUUUUAUGAAUGUGUGGAUUGUAUUCCUAAAUGUUGUAUACCAAUUUGAUGUUUUUAUGAAAGUCUGAACUAUGAAUAUGUAAAUAAUAGGUGCCAUGAUACAUGGGAAAACAAAUUCCAGCAUUUGUUUAUGAUAGCUGAGCUUUGGCUAUCAUGAUGGUUUUAUGAUGAUAGGAAUGAACCCGGAUGAGCCUCGGGCUGCUGAAGUUCCCCUCCUCUCAACAAGGAGUUCAAAGCUCUACUUUCCAUUACAAACCAUCUAUAAGAUUAACCAUUUUAGGGUUAAGAUGUAACACUGCACUGUGAAUAAGCAAAAGCUUCUGUUCUGUCUUCUUGGCCACACUAGAAGGUGGCCAGGAGUUUUGAGGAGGAGCAGUUUGCCCAGGCUUGUACCAUUUACCCUAAGCUUUCUCAUGAUAUCCUGAAUACCAGAAGUGCAUUUUCCCAGUGAUAGAUGCUACCUCUUGAAUAUUGGCACAGUACUAUCCAUUGACCCAUCCACAACCUUUAAGAAAGAUGGCUGGACCUUGCACAGCAAAUGUAUUAACUGUGCUAAAAGCAGUUGUCUUGAAAAUCACUUGGAAAGUUCUCUUAAUUACAAGAGGGAGCAGCCUUUGUUAAAGGCAACAGUUACAGAUACCUUUAAUGUUGGAAUAUUCUUGGCUGUAGCACAGUUGUCCAGGUGUCCAUGUCCUGAUAAAAUAACUUGAGCAGAUAAUGUGUAUGGGAACUGCUUUUUGACCUUGAAGCAAAUACGCAGCUUUCAUUUAAAAAAACAGAAAAGAAAAAUCCUGGACACAGUCUCUCCAGAUAUCUGUUCUUGGGUGCGCUGUGCGCUGAAUGUCAUUAAGGAUUUUGCUUUCUGCUACAGAUUGUUCAUCUUUUUUUUUAGGUUCCAUUGUGAAACAAAUUACCCUGCCAGGAAACAAAAUUCUGUCGCUUCAAGCAUCUCCUGUUCAGAGAAAUAAAAUAAGGGAGAAGGGAACAAAAUCCUUCAGGUAAAAAAUAAACAAAGUCGGAAGUUUGUGUACUAUGCAAAAGCCUGGCUGGGAGGCAGGGUGUGGGGGUGGAUGGGAAGCAAACAGCCACAGAGAAUCGAGUGAUGCCUAAAUAAAUAUUUAAGAUUUCUGAUGGGAGUUUUUGCUUCCUUGGUUCUGAUGUUUUAGUGCUAAUGAAAGGAAAAGCCUAAAAUUUGCCCUGCCAGCUGUUUCAGAUAUUUACAUUCCAGAGCUUGAUUGGGUUAUAUGCUCCUGAAGUCAAGGCUUUUAUUUAUCUAGCUGCUAAUCCUAGUUCUUUUAUUUUGAACUCCUUAUCCUGUCUUCUAACUGUCCAACUCAUUAAAUGAAUUUGCACAUUGCAAAAUAUCAGUAUUGCUACCUCACUGAAGGACAAUACAAUUUAAGUCUGUGGGAACUAAAUCUUCCCACAUUUUAAAGAGUUUUCUUUGGAUUUGAGAUUGCUUUAUCCUAAGUAAUAUGAAUAAAAUGCUUGAACAAAUUAUACAUUGUAAAGUAUAUGUGAGCAGAUUUUAAUUGCACACUUAAUAUUCAAAAAAGAAUAUUAAUGAAAUUAGAUAAUUCAGUCAAUUCUUGUUGGAACACUUAAAGAAAAAGUAAUUGUAAUAUAACAUUAUUCCAUAAAUUAUGAACAAAGAUUGUAUUUCACUGAUCCUGUUAAGCUGCUUUCUAAAGUAACUUGAUGAAAAUAAGUCAGCUUCAUUAAUAACUCUACAUACCAUAUUUUCUUAGUUAUUCUGUUGGGGUUUGAGGUAGUCAAAUAUACUAUAUUUGCCCACUCCUGAUAGAUUUAAGCUAAUUCUAAGUCAGCAAACUCUAUUCCUUUUAAAUAGCCCAGCAGCUUUUUUGUAGGGUUCAGAAGGGUAUCAUACCUGUUAGCUGAAUCUUCUUGUUGUUGUUGUUUAGACGCUUAGUCGUGUCCGACUCUUCGUGACCCCAUGGACCAGAGGAUGCCAGGCACUUCUGUCUUCCACUGCCUCCCGCAGUGGAAGCUGAAUCUUACCUAGGGUUUAAUACAGACUUGAGAUUUAUUAACAGAUUUCAAUUGAAAUCAGAUGUGUCUAGUUGUCUGUGAUUGUUGGAAAAGAAGCUGCAUUUGCUUUCAUCGCCCUGAAAAAUCAUUUGAAUGUGGCCAGUAACUGGAAGGAAAAUCCCUUUCAGAUUUCUGUUGCAUAGAAGGCUCAGAGGUUGACACAUUACUUUAGUCCACUCUUGGGGCAAAAAGUCACUCCAGAACAUCUUGGCCCCUUCCUUUAUUGGGCUCUAGCCUGUCCCCUUAAACUAGUGUUGUGCUACCUUUUGGUGUAAUAGCACAAGGAUUUAGUAGAAGUCUGUGCCAUGCAUAAAAUGUUUUGGGUUUGGGGAGGGAGGCAAGGAUGUCAGUGGCAUCUUGUGCUGAAGGGGAACCUUUGGCUGUUCAGAUGUUGUUGGAACUACAACUCCUUCCAUCCCUGACCAUUAGCCAUGCUGGCUGGGGCCGUAGGGCAUAAGUAUGGCAUUCAGCUAAGUUUUAGACACUUCAGUGUACAUAAGGUAGGCCCAGUAACCCUAAGACUGGCAAUAUCUGGUGGAGGGCCGUAGGUAUAAGAUGUGAGAGCAACUCUACUAAUUUAGUGCUAGUAUACUAUGGCAGGGACGCGGGUGGUGCUGUGGGUUAAACCACAGAGCCUAAGACUUGCCAAUCAGAAGGUUGGCGGUUUGAAUCCCCGCGGUGGGGUGAGCUCCCAUUACUUGGUCCCUGCUCCUGCCAACCUAGCAUUUCAAAAGCAUGUCAAAGUGCAAGUAGAUAGGUAUCACUCUGGCAGGAAGGUAAACGGCGUUUCCGUGCGCUGCUCUGGUUCACCAGAAGUGGCUUAGUCAUGCUGGCCACAUGACCCGGAAGCUGUAUGCUGGCUCCCUUGGCCAAUAAAGCGAGAUGAGCGCCGCAACCCCAGAGUCGGUCAUGACUGGACCUAAUGGUCAGGGGUCCCUUUACCUUUUAUACUAUGGCAAAAGACUGUAGCAAGGGAGCUUUUCCCCUCCAAAUGUGGAAGGUUAGGGUAGCUGCUUUAGCUGUAGUUCAGGAAGUUUCUGUUCUCACUACUGCUUCUAAGUUGUAGCAUAAGGUCUGACAUCCCAGCAGUUAGCAGCAUCAAAUGCUCUAUUGAACUUCUACCAUAUAAUUAAAACUGAAAGAUAACUGUGUUAAUUCAUGGCUGUUAAGGAAGAUUAUUUCACUAUCUGUGCCUGCAGAGUCUAGCUGGAAGUUACACUACCUACAAAAGACUAUGUACUUGGGGGUUGGGGGACUUAAUGCUUUCCCCAAACUCUGGUCUGUGGACCACAUAGAGCUUCAUUCAUAUGGUACAUGGGGUGUCUGUGGUUGAAUGUGGAAGGUGGUGCAUACAUCACAUUAAAUAUUCAUAUUCAUUUUAAUUGUAUUGCUAUUUCUUGGUUUCAUUUCUUACAUUGUGUUACAAUUUGAAUUCUACGGAAUUCAAAUUGUAACACAAUAACAUACAACAUAUGGGAAAUAAAAAUAUGAUCAAAAUCAUGCAGCACCUAGCACAGCACAUUAAAAUCGCUACAACAUGCAGAAAAAAACAUUAAGUUGGUCCACCAAGACCUGUUGCAAUUUUCAAGUGGUCCAUGGUGAACAGCAUUUGGGAGCCAUUGUUUUUGUAGCAUCACACUUCGGUAAAAAGAAUGGUAAUCUGAAAUCCUUCAUCCUAAAGCUGGAACAAUCAUACUUUUGUCCAGAUGUCUUAAUUUAGCUUUUUACCUGUGUGAGAGCUUUCUUAAAUAUAAAGAAAGACAAUGAACACAGAUGAGUAUGUAGCUGCUGCUACCAACCUAAUCCUAGAUUAAAUUUUAAAUUGCUCCAUGCAGAUUUUGAUUAGCAGCCUCUGGCUGGCAUCUUACAGGCUUUAGCUCAAGCCUGUCCUUAUUUUUAGAACAAUUGUGUAAUUAAAAUAGUGAAAAGUGCAGGGCCAAUAUUUGAACAGCAGAGGGUGCUAAAGACUUGUUUGUCAAGAUUUUGUGUGUGUUUCUUCAUGGAAAAGUUUACUAAAUGAGAUACUAAAUGAGAAAACCAGGAGGGACUUGCUUCAAUUGGAAACUUUGAUUAGAUCAGUGUACUCCACACUUAAAGACAUAGUUAUGAGCCAAACUAAUAAAAUGCUUAAGCAGAGAAGCAACUUCUGUAAUUGAUAAAAUAAAUGUCCCAGUAUUAAUGGUUCCUGUGGAUAAUCCAUAACUACCACAGGAAGAAAUAUUAUUGAUGUUGGCAGACACUCUGAUCCUGGGGAUUCGGUCCCAUGCAUACCUGCUUGCUAGGUCCUAAUGAAAAGAUCAAUUCAUGCCACCCCCUAAUCUUGAGCAUGUUACUCAGCUGACCCUCAAGUGCAUUUUUAAUACCAUGUUCACUAAAAUAUGAACAAAUGGGUUCAAGACCAAUCCCAACAAAAUCCCACUUCUUUUCUUUCAAUACUUGUAACUCUUUUUUUGCUUGCUGAAAUGAGUAUUUUUCCUUGUGGUAUCAUAUCAAAUACUCUACUGGAAUGAACUAGAAUGGCCCCAGCUUGCUUAUCAACUUCUCUUAAAUAUUAGGUUAAUUGGACAAUUGAACUCAUGUUGCAAUAUACCCUUGUUACUCAUUUUGUUGUUGUAGUAAAGUUCCUUCAACCAUUACACAGACAAGUUCAAGUCCUUGUUUCUCCUUAAUUUCUCUGAUAACCUUAAUUUUUAAACGAAAAGAUCGAAUACUUUUCUGACUUGACUGUGCUUAUUUUUCUAUGUGAUCUUGCUCUUGGCAAGCUUAAAGUAUUAGGCCUACCUUGAAGGAGCCGGUUCUGUGUCCACUGCUCUCUUUAUAAAAAAGCUCGCCCUGGAUUCCCUAGUCUGUGGUAGUCAUUGGCUGGUUGUGGCAGAGCAGCUGCAGGCAUUAUUGGAUACAACCGAUAGUCUGGACCCAUUUUAGUCUGGUUCCAGACCUGAUGUUGGGAUGAAAUCAACCUUGGUCUCCCUGAAGGGAGUGCAACAAGCAGAGUGCAACCUUUGUGCUUUUGCUUGAUUUCUCUGUGGCUUUUGAUACCAUCAACCAUGGACCUGGACUGGCUGUGUGACAUAGGUGCUGCCAGUUCAUGCUACCUGCAGCAUCAGUUCCAAAGAGUGGUAUGGGGGGAUGUUCAUCAGGCCCUUGACAUUUGUUAUGAGGUGCUGCAGGGAACUCGCUUGUUCCCCAGUGCUAUUUAACAUCUAUAUGAACCCAUUGGAAGCAGUCAUCGGGGGAUAUGGAGCCAUGUGUUAUCAGUAUGCUGGUGGCACACAGCUCUGUUUCUCCACAGUAUCUAAUCAAGAGCGGCUGUGUGUGGCUGUACUUGUGGGCUGUAUGGUGGGCCCCCAACAAACUGAGAUUAAGCCCUAACAAGAGAGAGUGGUUCUGUGGGCAAGUGGUUCUCGUGUCCAGGCAAUCAGUCAGUUACCUGUUCUAAAUGGGGUUAAACUUCAGUGCUUCAAAUUGCCACUUUCCCAACAGUUUUUCCUCUGCAGAAUUUUGAAUUCUUUACAAGGACGUUCCCACUUGCUUCUCUGAUCCUAAUCUCCCUACCCACAAAGUCUCUUCAGUUGUUGUUGUUUUUAAUGUCUCACUCAACCCUCAUACUUCUAAUCAUGGUCAGUGAUGACUUUCUCAGGAGCCUUCACUUUCCCGCUUAUGUCAUUUGUAGAAAACGAUGCCAAAGUUGCCAAGUUUACCUAAACCUUGAACUUGCAGUGCUAAAUUCUAGCUAGCGCAGAUCAAAGAAAUAAAGAAGCCUAGUUAGUGACAGGACCUACAGUCAUGUUGGUAAGCACAGUACUUAAUAGAACAGUUUGCCUUUAUAACCCAAUACAAAAUAUAAUAGAAAUUUUUGCUUGUAGAGAUGAAGAUGACAUCAACGAUGUGACUUCUAUGGCUGGGGUCAACUUGAGUGAAGAGAGUGCAUGCAUAUUCGGUCCGAAAUCUCAAGCAAUCGGCGCAAUUAUCCGGUCUUGUCCAGAAGAACUCUUCCUUUCUUCAGAUGCACUACAGAAGAAGAUCCUAGAAAUGGGUGAGAGAAUUGGGGGCGGGGGGCGGAUACUUCAGAAUUCAAAACAGGCUACAUAAGUCUUAACUUUGACACCACAUAUUUCCUGAAUGUACUGGUGUUGCUCUGUACUGAGUUACAGAAUUUGUAUUUAAGCAGCCAAAUUUUUAAAUAGCAAAUUAGCUUGGAUCGCAGCAGCACUGAAAGUGAGAUUAUGAAGCAAUAUUUAUCUUAUAAAUGGGAAACUAGAGAUUUUGGCCAGUGCUUUGCAGUCUUUACUACUCAGUGCUAAUGUAUAGUUAACACACAUCUGUUUGGUUAACACAUGCAGUCAAAGACUUCAACCCCUGCCCAAGAAAUCUUGAAGCAAGAAACAUGGGAAUUGGGUGGAUGACCUGUUCUUGCAAGGGCUUCAUUCACCCUGCAGGAACAGGUUUGCUGCCUGGGAGUACCUAUAGAUUCCAGCCUGUCACUGCAUCCCCAAGUGCAGUCUGUGUGGCUAGGAGUGUUUAUGCUCGUCUUUGGUUUGUUCACCAGCUGUGGCUGUUUAUGGACUGGGAUAGCCUGGCUACAACUGUCCAUGCUCUGUUGACCUCCCAUCUUGACUACAGCAAUGUGCUUUGUGUGGGACUGCCCUUGAAGACUGCCUGGAAGUUGCCACUGGUGCAGAAUGCAGCUGCUAGUUUAGUGAGGCAACACAAUGUGACUGCCAUCAGUCCUGAAAGCACUGUGCAGGUUGCCAAUGACCUACUGGACUCUGUUUAGUGUGUUAAUACCAGCAUACACAGCCCUAUGUGGCUCGGGCCGCAAGCCAUCUUGGACCUAUAAUCAACAGGGGAGACCUGAUUUGUUGGUGGCACCCAGUUGAUAUUUAUUGCUGACGGGGCUUUCUAGGUGGUGGUUUCCAAUUUGUGAAAUCCCUUUACUGAUGAGAUUUUUUUUACUGAUGUUUGAGGGUUUUGUUCUAUUUCUGAGCAGGCCAGCAAUACAUCUUUGAAGCAGUAGAUCAGAGAGAUGUUCCAUGAGCCAUUGUGCUGGUGCAUAGGCUUCUGGGGCCAUUUGACCAAGCAGCUAUGAGAAGGAUAGUGCCCAACUCAUCAGCCAGACAGCAAAGAGGUCCAACAGCAGUGCUUAAGGCAAAUCCCACUAUUGGUACAAUUAAAUAGGAGGGGGUGUUCUAGGGUUGUCUUCCCCUUAAACAUCUUUUUGGGUGUGUGCACCUUUCACCUAUGGUUGGGGUGGGGGUAGAAGGUGCAGGUGUGUCUUGGCCACAGGUUGCUCCUGGAAAGGGGUUAUGUCAUGUGAAAGUCUGUUCCAAAACCACCUUGACUUUGAUCCCCAGCUUUUCUCCCCUGUCCCAAAAUGGCCUCAGCCAGAGGAAGGAGAAUGGCAGAAGCAUAUGGCCACAAACUGAAGUUAGGUGGCUAGGUCCUACAAAGCCUAAAUCAUCUAGCUGGAAGUGUUUCAGAUAUAGAGCACAGACGCUGUAUAGUAACGGGGACUCUGCAUGCAAAACCCAAAGAGUUAAACAUUAGAAGUGUGAAUUUAAUACCGUACAAGUAGCAUUUUUCAUUGUCCUUCAUGGAUGAAACUGUGGGCACACACCUUGGUUUAAAAUUUAUCAUGGCCACCAGGGGCCAAACAGAAUUGCUUUGGAGGCUGCAUUUGGCCCAAGGGUUGCAAAUCUGCCAUCUCUGCUCUAAACAAAUACUAGUUUUCUUUGUUUUCCCAAAUCUCAACAUCUUAAUUUCAGCAAAUGUUUGCAAGCUACCAACAGUGAAGCUGGUUUGCAUAAGUGUAAAAUGCAGCCUAAACUAAAUGUUGGAAUAUGCUUUCUGCCCAUAAACAACUUAAUGUAAAAGGUGACCAUUUUAAUAUUAAAACAGUAGCUUGUCUUAGUCUCUGCUGAGGUUCAUGAUAGCAGCCAGCAACCCCUUGCACACCUAUUUGGAGGGUACAUUUUAUUCUUGGCAUGAAAUAGUAUGCCUUUUCUACAUUAGUAUACUUGUUGUUUUAAGUUCUCAAAUCUCUGAAGGGGAGAGAGUGCAGGUUCAGGAAAAUGCCUUUGGGUCUGCAUUUAGUAGUAAAUUUGCUUCCAUGGCACUGAAUUGCCUGGGCAGCUGCUACACCUUACGAAGCCUGUGCUGAAAGCAGGAUCUGUUGUCAACCAGAGGAAGCCUUCAUUAGUUACAUGCGCUACUGCAGAGCACUGCAGAGAAGAUGCUUAGCCUUAGUGUAGGGUUCAAGCAGCUUUCCUUAAAGCAGUCUGCCUCUGUGCCAUUGCUCUGAAAAUAUUAGGGGGAGUGAAGGGAUGUAGAACGAGAGAGAAGCAGAGCUCACCCAGGCAAGCUGCAGUUAUGGGUGAAGAGGAAAGGGGGCCGCUUUAAGGCCCUGUUGGACUUAGCUGUUUUCCAAGCUGUUGCCUUGAGACACUGGGUCAAGCUGCCAUAUGCUGUUGGCUGGACUGGAGUAUGAAAAAGGCCCAGUAUGUUGCGAAAAGCUUCUCAGUUCAUUAACAUGUCAAGAUUUAACAAGCACUGUGUCAAAACAGGGCAAAACGUAACUGUGCGUGUGGUUUUGUGUUUUUUUUAAUUACUGAAAUUAACCGAAUAUGGCACUAAUUUCCACAGCUACUACUCCUUCCCUUCUCCCAACCACAAGGCUUGAUUUCUGUAUUCUUAUUAACUUUGUCCUAUAAAUGACCUUGCAAGGAAAGUGAUUCUAGGGGCUAAGUGAAACAAUGUCUAUUUUCUGAAGCUGUAGGCUAGGUUUUAUUAAUGUAAUGUCUAAGAUCUUUGAAGUUGUGGCUUUACCAGGAAAAUCACAAUCUCCCAAACCUUUAUUCAUAAUGGGUAUGACUUCCAGGGGGAACAGAAUGCCUGCUGUGCUAAUUAUUUCAAUUAUCAGCUAGUACUAAAACACGUAAUGGAUUUUCUCUGCCUCCACAGGUAAAAGCCAUGACAUUACGGAAGUUAAUUCAGAUGUUCUGAACUUGAUCUCCCAUGCUACACAAGAGAGAUUAAGAGGGCUUCUGGAGAAACUAACUGUAAUUGCUCAGCAUCGUACGAUGACCUGUAAGGUAAAGGAAAUAAUCAUUAAGCUUCUUGGUCUCCUAACAGUCUUGUUCCAGUCAGUGGGUUUUAAAAAAAUUAAAAUUAAAAAAGUAAUUGUAUUGGCAUCCUAUAUCUAAAAUCUGCCUUAAAGUAUGCUUCCUCAUGGAUGCAGGAGGUUCUUGGCUAUUAGGUUGUAAGAAUAAAAUGCAGUCAUGGAAAUGGCAAUAACCAAAAGGAAGCUACCACAUACCAAUUCCACCUACUGGUUCAUUUAGUCCAGUAUAUGUUUGCUUUAACUGGUAGCAGUUCCAGGCUUCUCUCUUAACUAGAGUUUCCAGAGAUUCCUCCUGGGACUGUCUACAAUCCCAAGCAUGCAUGCCUGUCACUGAGGUACAGCAUACUUCCAAUUAUAUGCCUUCCCUGCCUUUAAGUGUCUUCAGUCAUCAGUUUAGUUCAGUACUGGGCCUGUUUUCUGAGCUUGGAAGCUUGAAACUGGACAUAGGCAAAAAUGGUUGUUGUUGUUGUUUUUCUUUUGUGGAGGGGAGGGUUGGAGGGAAUGGCUGGUUUUAAUAGCUAGUAUAGAUGAGCUAACUGAAAAUCUGGAAACGCUUUGGAGGAAAGUAGCUCUUAAUGGAAUUUAAAUUUAAUAAAUAAUAAAAUAAGCAGAUGCAAUCUUGGUAAGCAAAUGUGCAUUGAAUUUAUUUUAAACUUGUCUGUUAUGUUAAUGCAAGCUGACUUGCUUUUAACAACUAGGGUGGGGGCCAGUGGUCCAUGUUGUAUUUUAAAACAACCAUAAAUUCUCUCUCUCUCUCCCCCCCCCCCUGCUUUUUAGGGGAAUGACAAGUACACAAUAACUAGUGAUACAAGGGCCCAGCUUCGGUUUCUUGAGCAGUUGGACCAGAUCGAGAAGCAGAGGAAGGAUGAAGAAGAGAGAGAGGUGUUGCUCCGGGCAGCCAAGGUGAGAGGAUUGUUAUUUGCAGAAGACUUACGGCAGCUAAAUAUUCCUAGACCUAGCUGCUGCCUGUAUGCUGCAGCUGAAAGAACUAUACAAGCACAUCCAUGUAGAAGAUAGGUAUUUUACAGUAAUUGGGUACCUUGAGAAGUUGGACCUCAGAGAAGGGAUUCAGGGGGGCUCUCAUGGACUCUGUGGAUCCCAAGGUUUACCGAAAAGGUUAGAACUCUGGCAAAGUUUUUCCGCAACAGCGGAGUACAACUCUCCAUCUUUCCAAUAUUUUCUAUAAUAAUAUUUUUUAUGGUAUGGUAUGGUAUUUAUGCCUCGCCUAUCUGGCUGGCAUUGUGUGAUGCACAAUGUGUGAUGCCAGUGUUGUGUAGUGGUUAAGAGCGGUAGUCUCGUAAUCUGGGGAACCGGGUUUGCGUCUCCGCUCCUCCACAUGCAGCUGCUGGGUGACCUUGCGCCAGCCACACUUCUUUGAAGUCUCUCAGCCCCACUCACCUCACAGAGUGUUUGUUGUGGGGGAGGAAGGGAAAGGAGAAUGUUAGCCGCUUUGAGACUCCUUAAAGGGAGUGAAAGGCGGGAUAUCAAAUCCAAACUCUUCUUGUUCUUCUGGGUUUCCCCAGCCACUCUGGGUGGCUCCCAACAGAAUAUUAAAAACAUGAUCAAACUUCAAACAUUUAAAAAUUCCCUAAACAGGGCUGCUGAGUCCAAACAUGUUGUAAUCUAUGGACACUUCUUGCAUUUGUGUGUGUUUGUGUGGUGCCAGUGCGCCCCCUUGACACUUGAAAUGCGUAGGAAAGAUAUCCCAUAGAAAAAAAUAAGAUUGAUGUUAAAAGCAAAUAGGAAAACGUCAUACACUUUGGUUAUAUUACUAUUUAUCACUAUUUCAAAGUUGUUGAUAAUAAGCCUAUGUCUGGGCUGUAUGACUCUAGACCAUUUACUGAAUGCUGCUCUUGUUAAAAACAGAAAUAAGACAAAGCCAAACACUCAAAAAUUAGAACUAGACGGUGGGGAGUUUAUAGCCUAUCCUAUUAUUAUUUUUUGUUGCUUCAUGUUGAAGACAAAAAUGGAUGAGCAGCAGCUAGAGAACACUUCUGCUUCCAGUUCUUAAACCACUUCAGUCAUCUCCCACCAGAUUUCUCAGUUUUUGGCAGCUGGUACCUCUUGCCAGAGACCUCCAUAUUGCAUGUUCAUGGGUCUGUGCAGAAUGCAGUAGCCAAGCAUAGAAGUGCAGGAAGUUAUCUCUUUAUAUAGCGUUCAGUGUGUCUAACUUGGAUCUGAUGAAGAUGUAACUCUAGCCCCCUGCAAACUACUGGGCAGGGGACUGUAUCUUGGGACAGGUGGAUUCUGGCUAUGGUUUGCAAGGUAACCCAGCAUUAACCUUUGCAAAGGUUGUUGGCAACCUUCCUGGAACCACAGCCACGGGUCAAUGGUGCAACAAAUAGGAAUUUUACCUUUGUACAGUAGGGCAGUUCACACACACACGCGCACACACACACACACACACACACACACACACACCCCUUUCCCUAUCCUCCGACGAAGCAAGCAGAGUUCAAGGACAGAUUCCAGCCAGGCAAAAACUGUCAAGAAGAAGGUAUAAAGUAGGGCUGGUGAGCAGCAUGGCCUGGGGAAAUGGGUGUUUCCUGGGCAGAGUUUUGAGGGCCAGAUACAGGACUGGAGAGGCCACCUUUGCCCCCCCCCCAGGCCUGAGGUUCCCCAUACAUACCUUAGAAUUAACUUAAAGGGUACAUUCCUAUUAUCCCACAUUAGAUUGCAGGGGCUGACUGAGCUUUGUGUGGCCUUCAGCAAGUUGCUUAUGCACUGAGCUAGGAGCUUCAAGGUUACACCAAUUUGCUAAUGGACCUAGAAGUCUUUCCUUCCCCUACUGGAUGAUCCACUGGUAGCUGCCUGGGACCUAUUAAAUGUAACCUAUUAUAACUCUUGCAAAUGACCUAUUUUAAAAUGGCCCAAUAUAGGAACUGAAAAAAUAGGCUCCUUAAGGAGGUCUUCUGCAUGCCCAUCAAAUAUGGUGCUGGAUCUUUUUAUCUCCCUCCUUGCUGCUUUUCUCAUUUUCCCAAGUGUCUGUUGCUGACAUGAACAUCAUCACGCCUAGGCUGGACCUGACUGACAAUGUUAGCAUCAUUUUUAGUUCAAGCUUCCUCUGGGCUAGAAUGGAGGCAGCAGUCCCUGAUGAAGAGAGGGGUUUUGUGCGUGUGUGUGUGUGUGUGUGUGUGUGUGUGUGUGAAAAAGAGAGAGCCAAUCUGGCUUGAGGCAUUCAUUCCCUGCAGCUAAGAUUUCCAAUCAGAAGAGAAAAUUGUAACUUAUUAAAUAUUUAAAGAUAAUGUUGUGUUUGGGUGCUAGUAAUUUCUAUUAAACGUCUUUCUUUUUCUUCCUCUCCCUCCCCCCCUUCUUUUUCUUUCCUUUCCUUUUUGAUAGAGCCGUACCAAUAAAGAAGAUCCGGAGCAGCUGCGAUUAAAGCAGAAAGCAAAAGAGGUAUGACUUUUUCAAGUCCCCACGCUUUGCCUUUGUAUUCUGAGGGAAGGUUGGCAGCCCUCCUCUCCUGGCAAUUAGGUCAGGGUUUAUUUUGCUGUUGCAUACCAUUUGCAGAAGCCUUGGGGAAGGACAGGAACUGCUACAGGCAAGGGCAGCACUUCAAAUGAGGUCAAUGAAUUAUGAGCUCUUAACAUUUUAUUUUCAUAGUUUACAAAGAACUAUUUCUAGACAGGCCUAAAGUAUAUAGCAGUGUGUUUGGUAGGAAUAUAAUGUGGGAUUAGGGGGGGAAAAGACACUUUGAGAUUUAGCAUCUGGGACCGUACAAUAGGCUACAUUUUUCCAGGGUAAUUGUUCGUUUUGUAAAUCUGAUACUGCUUAUAAUUCUUUGGCUGGGAGGCGGUACUGGGAUUUAGUUUUAAAUGGAAAACGCCUCUGGCUUUUAAUUUUCUGGGCCCAGCAGUUUUCUGUUCUGGAAUGGAGCCCUUGUUUCACGCAGUUCAUGUUUAGCUGCAGGGGUUUUAGUUUAUAGCUUAGACUGGUUAAGCUUUUACUCCCAGAGGCCUCUGCAUAGCAACUGCAGAAAUCAACAAAUAAGUUCAUUUAUGUCUGCUGCAGCCUCCUCUCAGUAGCUGACUUUUUACAUUUCCCAAUAUCCAUUUCCUGACUUUUCUAGCCGGAGAGAAAAAAGCUCCACUAAUUGGAGCUUAUUUUAAUUGAGCCUUAAUAUUGGAUCUCACUGGAGUUGCCCCCAGAGCUACUGGGAACAGAAUUAAAUGAAAAUACCUAAGGUUGAAGACUGUGUGAGUCAGAUUUUUUUUUUUUUACUUGACCUACAGAUUCUUUUCCCCGCUGAAUAAAUCAAGCCUGUUCACAUUUCUGAUUAAGGAUCUGACAGCAGACAAUAAUAAAGACAAUUGAGGUGUGAGAUGUGUGAUACAGAGCUGAAGAAAUUGGUUUCUAUAGUUACUUGACUGAUUCCAUGCCAUUUUUAAGGAUCUCUGUGGUAAAUGAGUGGUUUUGUUUUUUUCUGAGCAAUCUUUUUCUUAACUGUGCCUCUUGAACUAUCAAAUUUGUUGUUGCUUAACAUUGCUAUGGUUGGCUUCUAAGUGCCAAUAGCAGCAGCAGCAGCAGGUUAUUUAUGAAUGCUUUAAAGGGCCCUCGUUGUUUGGAUUAAUGUAGGAGGAGAGGCAGUACAAAUGGCAAUCCCGUGAAAUGGUCUCGGCAUCUAUGCACCAGACUUCAAGCAAAGUAAAGGAAUGCCCACAGAAUCCAAGGAGAGCAUAAGUGAGGGAAUUUGGACCCUCUGCAUCAGAAGGUUUCCUUAGGCGCGUUGAGAGGGAUUGACGUUAUACAUCAAAAUAUGCAUAUUACUUACAACUUACCACUGUUACUUGCCUAAUGCUACUUCGUCUCUGCCCCUCUAAGUUGCUAUCAAGACAGCAGUUCCCUAUAAGAUACUCUUAAUGGAUAUUUACCUUUAGUUGUGCAUUUUACUACCCUAAACCUUGUGGGGAGGAGUGACUUGAGAAUGGUGCAUCGCCCAGUUAUGGAAACAUUUUGACUUCCUUAUACAUAACUCCAUUAGUGUUCAGUAGUGCUUUAGAGUGCAAAAGGUGAGCUGCCUGCCCCAAAGAGCUUACAAUGCAAAAUUCAGCACCGGGGGAGGGAAUUGGAAUAAUAAUUAAAGUAAUAUGCCAUUUCAGUUACGUAUACUCAUGCCCACACCAGAAGCACAUUCAACCGGAGGAGUCACUCUGGUUCUUUUCAGGGUUCUAUCUAUCAAUAUUGCAUAUGCACAACUCCAUGGAUAACAGUGCUUUGGUACUGUCAUGCUGCCUUGCCAUCAUUUCCCCAGGUAGAAACAGAACUUGAUAGGUAACUUUCAAAGUUGAUUUUGGGAUGGGAAUAACUAAAAGGGAUUGCUUUUCAAGUUGAAACCAUUCCUGAUGAUUACAAGUUUGACCUGUUGGUCAAAACAGCUCAUCUUCGACCUUCUGGUAUUUGUUCUCCUUUCCAAUAUCACCCUUCCUCUGGCUUUAUGGUAAGCUUAGAUAUUGCUUUCACUCUCAACUCUUACCUGUAGCCAGAGCAGAAGAUGUGGUGGUUUCAACGAUCCUCACAUUGAGUAAGUAAAAUGUGGUUUAAGAUAAUGCCAGACAAAAUUUCAAGAUGCUGCAAGUUGUUCUAAGUCAUAAUCAUUCCUCAUGGAGGCCACUGAACAAGAGGCAAGGUGUUAACCUAAUAUCAACAAAUUCCUAUACCCCACAAAUAACCCAGAGAUGCUUUUUAAAUAAAAUCACACAUUCUACUCAUGUAAAAACAGGCUGAUUCCCAGACCAUCCACAGGCUGGAUUUAGAAGGUGAUUAGGCCGGAUCCAGCCCCCAGGCCUUAGUUUGCCUACCGAUGAUAUAGUGUUUAAGUGUUGCUGGACCACUUGGGAAAAGUGGCCACAAUAUGUAAGGGGAAAGUUGCUUGGAAAUUUCAGCACUUGCAUCUGCCUUCAUAAGAUGAAACUUUUCAAAUGAGGGGAUUAGUUAAAAGGAAGUUGAAGGGGUGGGUCAGGUGGGUCAGACCUCUUCAGGCAGCUUUGAAGUUUCUUUUACAUCACUGCAGUAGUACUACAGACUAGAAUGGUGAUGAACAAGUGCCAAGAGGAUUCAAGCAGGCAUAAAUGCCAAGGUCAAGGAAGCUAUAAAUGGGAAGAAGGGUUCCUUAAAAAAUAGAAGUCUUAUCCAAAUGAGGGGUGAAAUUCUCAUAAAUGAGCAUAAACUGAAGCAAGCAAAGAAGUAAUUUGAGAAGCUGAUGGCUGAAUACAUUCUUUUUUUUAAAUAAAUCAGGAACAGGAAAAGCUGCUAAGCCAGUGUUUCCCAAACUUGGGUCUCCAGCUGUUUUUGGAUUACAACUCCUAUCACCCCUACCUAGCAGGACCAUUGGUCAGGGAUGAUGGGAACUGUAGUCCAAAAACAGCUGGAGACCCAAGUUUGGGAAACACUGUGCUAGACAGUAAGUUGAACUUUUUGACAACAAAGGUCUAAAAGAGAGCAGGAAGAUUGCAGAGUCCAUACGUGAAUAUUGUAGGCUGUAAAAUGGUGUUUGGUUUUAUUGCAUUUUUCAUCUUGUGUAUUUGUUUGGUUUUUUUGUGUGUGGUGUUUUUUUUUUUUUUUAGAAUGGUUGAGCUAGAAGGGACUUUGGAGAUCUAGUCCAACCCCCUGCCUAAAAGCAGGACCUACAGCAUCCCUGAUGGAUGCCUGCCCACUUUUGCCUUAAGCACCUCCAGCAAAGGAGAGCCCACCAACUCCCAAGACAGUUUGUUCCACUGUUAGUGGGGCAGCUGUUGCUAUUAGGAAGUUUCUCCUAACGCUUAGCCAAAAUCACCUUCCCUGCAAUUUCCACCUAUUAUUUCUAGAACUGCUCUUCUGGAGCAUCAGAGAACAAGUCUGCUCAAUCUUCUGUGUGACAGGUCUUCAUAUAUUUCAGCCAUGUACAAUACGUCAAUUGCGAGACCUCGGUGGACCGCGAAGUUGUUUCUGGUCGAUCGCAGGGCCUUUCUCUGAGCAGCGCAUGUGGGGAGAUGGAGGGAGGCACGAGGGAGGUGGGGGGAGGUCUGUGUGAUGCUGCUGGAAGAGGGGAGGUGGGUUUAGCCUGGCUUUCUCGAUGGGGAAGGGGGCGGCUGCCAGAGCCGCAAGGAGGAGCUGCUUGGGAAGGCUCCCUUUGAUAGGGGCGGGGAGAGAAGCAGCGAAGGAGAAUCACGGAGCAAGGAAGGAAGCAACUCAGAAGGGAAAGAGUUAACAAAGAGAGAGAGAGAGAGAGAGAGAGAGAGAGAGAGAGAAGUGGCUCCUCAGAUCUGUGCAAACUAAUAUAAAAAUAUAGUUUGACUUUUCUCACUUGUUUAGUUACUUGUCCAUCUAGUAACUAUUUGGAUCUGUCAUAAUGAUAUCCAAACAUAGCUACUAUAUCUGUGAAAUAAAGAUCCAUUUAUUUAUUUAUUUAUUUAACUUAAAUGACUUUGGAGGGUGAUAGAUCACUGCCAGUUUUGAUACUUGUUGGUAGAUCGCAACCAACUUUAGGUUGGACGUGCCUGAUAUAUUUGAAGGCCACUAUCUUGUUUCUCCAUUGUACUCUCAUCAAGCUAAACAUACUCAGUUCUUUGAACAGUUCAUUAUGGACAUGGUUUCCUGCCUUUUGUCCUGGUUGCCUAUUGGACACACUACAGGUUUUUUCCAAAGGCCUCCUUAAAACGUGACACCCAGACUUAACACAGUUCUCAGUUUGGAGAAUAAAGUAGGUAUACAUUUUCCAAUAAAACCUUCCAUCAGUCCAUGAAAGCCGCAUAGUAGCCUUUGUUUCUAUAAACUCUCAACUGCAGUUGUUCUUUUUGUGGGCUCUUUGCUGUCCCACAUAAGAAUGCACCAAGUCAGAUUUGCACACCAUGUAAAACUGCACAGUUCAAAAUCGAGAUUGAAAGUUCAAGUAGAUGAGACAAGAGGGAAGUGCAUACAAGCCUGAAACUUUCCAUGUCUCAUUCAUGCCAUGAGAGAUUAGUUUCCCAUUGCAUCUGACCUGAACUAAUGUCACUCGUUUUACAUAUCAAAUGGCAUGACAGGUGGUAAUAGGUGCAACAGUCAUUGGAUAGUUUAGUUGCAUUUGCAUCUCCUGUUGGAAGGGCAACAUGGAGAGGAAUUCUGCUGGCUAAAUUUUGAGCCUAUGAGGGCAAAAGAUUUCAAACAAGCUUCCCUUGAAUGUAAAAUGGCACUUGAAGGCUGUUUGGGGCCUUCACUGCCCUCUGGAAUAUAUUAUUUCUGUACCUAUCAGGUGGAUAAUGCUUGCUCUGUACCACAGUGAAGUAGAUUAUGCUUUCUGUUUAUUAAAGCACAUUAAGUAUUCAGAAUGCCCUGGUGCAUGGGCAAAAUAAAACAAUAGUUCAAGUGACCAUCAACUGUCUAGCAUCUGGAGAGUUUAAGCGUACACCGUCAAAAGCAACAAGUCAAUGUACUUCUUCCUAAACUAAAAUACUUGCCCUUCCUACUUGUACUGAAAUGUGGUGGUGGGGUGUGUGUGUGUCUGCAAGUUUUAUGAAAGUGGAAAAAUCCAAUUUCUGUGAGAUGGUAAGGAAAUCUUUUCUUAAAACUGAACAGGAGAACAGAGCAGUUUCCCCUUCUUAAAAAUUGCUUCAUGUGAUUACAGCUAUGCUGCAAAUGCCAUUUCACCAUUGGGAAGGGCUUAAAAAAAUGUGCCUCCACUUUAUUUGUGCUUCAGGUCAGAUUAACUAAAAUGGUUAUUGUGUCACCUAGAAACUCCUGACUGCUUCAAGACCAGACUUUUAAAAAACCUAUAUAUUAUUAUUAAAAAGGCCAGCAGCAACAAAGACCAUUUUACAAUUUCUGCAACGUUUUCAUAGCAAUUUGAUCUUUACACAGGUUUUUUAAAAAAUCUUUGUACUUGUAGCAGAUGGAAAAAUCGAAGAAGGGAAAAUGGGUUUGAAAUGCUUUCUGGCUGGCUUCUGAUCUCAAGACUUGUCCCUUCUGAGCAAAUAUAUAGUAGUGUUGAGAAGUCUAUAGAGUACUAGUCUUGAGACUUGGUGGGACAUUGCUUCAUCUGGUUUAGGAAUAAGUAACAUAUCUAUCCUGUGGUUCUCCAGAUGUUUUGGAUUCCCAGCUCCCAUACUCCCUGGCAAUUGGCCAUGUUGGCCAGAGCUGAUGGCAGUUGCAACAACAUCGGGAGUGCAUGUAGCUAUCCCUGCUGUAAGCUGCUGUAGCUGAAUUCAUCCCUCGAGGGAUGAAUUUGGGGUGUAAAGGUAUAUGGGGGCUGGUUCACAUAGGACAAAUGUCUGUCUGCAACAUGCAGUAAACUUAUUUUUGUGAACUGGCCAUGGCAGAUUUAACAGGUUGGAACUUGAUACCUCCUGUGCAAUACUUCUCAGUAGAAGUGAUUCAUAUAUUUGGAUCUUGUCACAGUGCAGAGUUCUCAAGUAUCUUGCAUGUAUGCAUUUGUGAUCUGGUGCUAAGAGAUGUAUGCAGUGGCUACAGAGUACCAACCUGCAUUGCUCUAGCCAUCUCAGCCUAUUACAAAUAGCAGCCAGAAUGAGGUUUAGGUAAAUAUUCAUAAAUCAAAAUUGCUUCCUGCAAGACGGAGGAAACAUAAGCUAAAAUAGUAUUAUAGAUUCUUUCAGAAUAAAUUGUAUUUUUAAUAAAGGAAAUGGAGAAUGGGAUGCUUAAUGUUAAAGAGAUUAUUACAUACUUUCUUAAAUGGUAAAUGUUCCAAUGAAGUAUGGAUUUUUUAAAAAACAAAUGUAUACUGACCUAUAGAAUGAUGUCCCUAAAUAUGCUUCUUGUUGAAUCUUUUUAUUGCUAUACAAAUGGGAUAACAUGCAAACAAGAACACGCUCGGUUCAUGAAUUUCUAACUGUGGAAGACUGGCCAAGGCUAAGACUAACUGACUCAAGUUGAGCCGUGACUUUCAGGGUACUGCAGACCAACCUACUCAUAACUUCCUCUUUUCUUCCUAAAUUAGUUGCAGCAAUUAGAACUUGCACAAAUGCAGCAAAUGGAGGCUAACCAUGCAGCCCUGGCAGCCAUUGGGCCAAGAAAAAAGAGGCCACUGGAUUCAUCUGGACUGGAGGUACGUGCAGUAACCCUUCUUGGUUUAAUAUCUUCCAGCUGAACUGUGUUUCUGUUUUGUAUAUUGUUGGAAUUUCACGCGACUUGAUAUUUAUCAGUUUUAUCGGCAAUGAAGCAGCCUCUUGGCAUCCAGAGAAGUUCUGCAUGAUUAUGAGUUGUGUUUUGUAAAGGAAUGGUGUUUUACUACUCCUGUAGUAAAACGUAGCAUGAGGACAAGGCUGGCUAGUGUCUUUUCCAUUUGCUGUGGUUGUGCAAAUGUCAUGGGCAUCAUUUGGAUGGUGUCUAAGGUAAGCCUCAAGUCUUUUUGCACCUAUCUUGGAUGUCUCACAGCAUUUCAGAACUCUCAUCCUGAAUUACUGUAUUGUUUUGCUCUAUAAGACUCACUUUUUCCCUCCUAAAAAGUAAGGGGAAAUGUGUGUGCGUCUUAUGGAGCAAAUGCAGGCUGCACAGCUAUCCCGGAAGCCAGAACAGCAAGAGGGGUUGCUGCUUUCACUGCGUAGCGAUCCCUCUUGCUGUUCUGGCUUCUGAGAUUCAGAAUAUUUUUUUUCUCGUUUUCCUCCUCCAAAAACUAGGUGCGUCUUGUGGUCUGGUGCGUCUUAUAGAGCGAAAAAUAUGGUAGUUCCCCCCCUCUCUCUAAGUUCCCGCAUAAUGAAAGAAAAUCCAUUUACUCUUGUUAUCCCACUCACUUCUGCAUGAUGGUGAAUGGAAAGUUCCUGGGUUUCCAUCAGUUGAGAACUCUUCUUCUGUCUAACUAUUUUGGUUGCUGUUAAGUCUUGAUAUAAAACAAAUAUUUUAAAAAAGCAAGAAUGUUCAUCUGAAUACAUUUCACCCCCCCACACACAUUAUAAAACUAGCCAGCUAUUUCAAAGAAAUUUAAAAGUUAAAUUGAAAUACCUAUUUGCCUUUGCUAACAUGGCGUACUCCCGAUGAGGUUGGACUGGAGCACCCAUCGCCUGCGAAUGGAGGGCAGGCACGCGGGAUGUUUAAAACCAAUGGUUGUUCCCUAGCAAUGUUGCCCAGAAUUUUAAGGAUGUUCAGGGGACAAGUGAGCUCUGGUAUGAUACUUUGCUUCUCAGGGCAAGAAUGGUGGAAUAAAAUUUUGACUAGCCAACAAAAGUGAAUCAGUCCACCAACAGGGAUAUUAUCUUGCCUUUGAGCUUGGGUGUGUGCCUUGAAAUUUUAAUAAAUUAGUGGCUAUCUUCUUGCAGCCUGUAGAAUGAGCUUUUAUCUACCUUAAUUACUGCUAAAAGAUUUUAAAUCAUGAGCUUGGUAUUACAACUUUCCCAGGUCCCUCCCUUAACCAUUCGGCUUUCAUUAGGUAAAUCAUGGUGUUUACUAUUAAGUAGGUGAAGGCUACAGUAGAGCAAGGUAGUAAUUAUUCUUAGCUUUUACUUUUCUAUAAUUCUAGAGGAUAAUAUAAUGGCUGCCCCUUAGACAUAUUCUUGCUGUCACUGAUGCUGUUCCUACCUUAUGUAGGGUUACAGCACAAGUGUUUAAUAACACUAGAUGAAAAUGCCAGUGGCAAUAGGGUUAUACAUCAGAACAAUAGCAUCCAACAUCUUGUGCAACAUAAAGGGAAGCACUCAUUAAGGCAUGCUAUGCCUACACUUUGCAUCUUUAUAAGGGUGUCUAUAAAAUAUGCAGCAAGUCAGUUACUUCAUUUGGUUUCUAAGCACCUACAAGUGAUGCUCCAAACAUAGCAGAGGUGGGGGACCUGUAGAUGUUGAUGGACUCCAACUCCCACCAUCCUGGCCUUUGGUCACAUUGGAAAGGACCUAUGGGACCUGGAGUCCAACAACAUCCGGAGGCAUGCAGGACCCCUUUCCCUGCACUACAGAAAUUAAUCCAGGUUGGCCAGAGUGGACUUUCAACAGGGAGAGACAACCAACUGCAGCUCACCCGCAAGUGUAGCUGUGAAGUGGGAACACAAUGUUGCAUUAAGACUUAACAGUUUUAGGUGUAUGAAGAAUAUAUUUUGGUAUUCACCUACAGAAAAAGUAACAUGACCCAGGUUGAACAUUUGAGUGUGAUGGGGCCUGCUUUCUUGAAUAUAAUUUUGCCAAGUAAUUUGAGACGGGCCAUAUCUUUAAUAUCACUAAAUAUGGGAGUGGGAGAAUUUUGCCACUAAUAUUUGCCAGCCCAUGCUGCAGAGGCUUAGAUUUCUAACCAUGAGAGGAAGAGUGGCAUGUGUUGUAACAUUAUUUUACAGUACACAAAUCUCUGGGAGCUUUAAUCUUUUACAUAGAUGCUGGGACUUCCUGUGCAAAUUCCUUUUUAGUUUGUCGGAUAUUAGAGUGCUAAAGGGUCCAGCCACUAAGCAGUUUGUUCCAACCAGUGUUGAAGUGUCCUGGUUCUUUGCUGGGGUUUAGAAAUGGUGAGGUGUAUUGUAAAUGGAUCUGAAGAGUUAUGACUAUAAAGUAGUUUCUAAAUCAAAUAAUCUCUGAGAAAUCUUUUUUUUUUAAUAGAAGCAGAAUGCUUGCAGUAUACGCAUAACAAGGAAAGCAAAACAUCCUGAUGAGUAAACAGUGUUCUGUUCAGAGAUGAAAGGAUGGCCUUGAAAUGGAAGAAUAUGGCUUGGGGGCCUGUACACACUAGGAAUCACCAAAAGCAUAUUUUGAGAAAACAUGUCUAAUUUAAAUAUGUAGAACUAUAUCCAUCGAGUGCAAAGAUACUUAUUUUCUAAAGCUGUUAAAUGUCAAAGAGCUUAAGCAGUUUGACACACAUCUGACCGUUUCCAGUUAUUUAUCUUUCUAUAAGUGUUAAAUAAAACUAGUGGUAAUGCACCAGAAGCAUGCAUUUAAUUCAUAUAUAUAUACAGUUAUAUGGAUAGCUAAAGCAUCUUUUUUUUGGGGGGGGGAGUGAACUAGUUUAUGUUGCUCAUGCCCCUCCCAACGUGCCAAGUGUUUUGGGUGGACAUCUCCUGGGAAGGCUGCCAUUAUUACCUGAGGGCCAGGUCACUUUUUCUAGACUUCUCCUUGGCACUUUCCUGUGAAAGCAGUUAAACUCUGUCCAAGGAAGUCUUCCCAUUCAUUGCCACAUAUAGAACAUUAGUUGGUGGUGACAUUCCAAUCCCAGGGUUCCUAUGAAUACCCUCUUCUGUGUUGAUGCUGCCAUUUUAACCUCAUAAUCCUGGACACUCUUCUCCUGAAGAUUAGAGGUUUGAUGCAAGAUUUACCUUUUGUUAUGAUUCUUCAAAAAUCAUUUGCAGCAGUGUGCCUAUUUGUUCAUAUCUAUGUGAAAUAGGGUUGAUAGCUAUCUCUUCGGUAUCAUUGUGUGCACCAUAAGGUAAAGGUAAAGGUAAAGGUACCCCUGCCCGUACGGGCCAGUCGUGUCCGACUCUGGGGUUGCGCGCCCAUCUCGCUUAAGAGGUCGGGGGCCAGCGCUGUCCGAAGACACUUCCGGGUCAUGUGGCCAGCGUGACAAGCUGCAUCUGGCUCGCCAGAGCAGCACAUGAAAACGCUGUUUACCUUCCCGCUAGUAAGCGGUCCCUAUUUAUCUACUUGCACCCGGGGGUGCUUUCGAACUGCUAGGUUGGCAGGCGCUGGGACCGAGCAACAGGAGUGCACCCCGCCGUGGGGAUUUGAACUGCCAACCUGACGAUCGGCAAGUCCUAGGCGCUGAGGUUUUACCCACAGCGCCACCCGCGUCCUGUGUGCACCAUACUUGACACUAUUGGUGCCUUGGCAAAAACUAUGGGGACAACCAGGUUGUUGCCAUGAUUGUGGAGCUAAUGUUCUGUACUCCUUAACACAGGCACAGGGUAGCUAGAAAGAAACUUGUGUCUUCGUUACAGUUCAAUCCCCCUUAUGUGCUGACUCUCGUGGUUGUGGAAUAAUGCACAAAUUGACUGACUUUUAGCUAAUUGUGCAGACAAAUGUAUAUUCUAGAGCCGGGCUGUUGAACCUACUGCUGCCCCAUCAUCCUUGACCGUAUGGCAUGCUGGCUGGGCUGAUAGGAAUUGUAGUCCAACAGCUUCUGGAGGAUUGCAGAUUCCUUACUCCUGGUUCAGAAGCUUGUCAGCUUCCUUGACUUGCAUGCUGACUGAGCCCCCUCAAUUGUAAGUGCUUUGUGCAUCUUGGGACUCUCUGUAACUGAGACACGGUCUCAUUGGAAGAGACUAGGAAGCAACAAAUGUGUUGUAUGUCACAUCUGUCAGUGGAUGGUGGAGUUUCAGUUUUAUCUCUGAAUUUCGUAGAAGGUUGUCAGUUUGGGCCACACUCACAACGUCAGAUGUUUGCCUGUAAAUUGGCUAAACUAUUCUAGGCUGCCAUUUAUAGGUUUAAGCAGUGCAGCUCACAGGCCCAUAGAAUGCCAUUCCUGUACAGAGAUGAACUUAAUUAUUUUCUUGUGUGAAAGAUAUCUGCAAUUUAAAUGACUAAUUGUAUUGUAGCUCUGGGCUAAACAUAUUGAUAACACAAACGUUGAUGACAUGUGAAGGGUCAAGAGUUUUAUAAUUUAGUUGAUGAUAUAUUGCCUAAAAUGAUGUGGCAAAGAGCCAGAAUAUUUCAGUUUAAUAAUCGUCUAUUAAGUUAACAUGACACAUUUUGUACAGUAUUUGUUACCUCCAGGUACAGAUUAAGGAUCUGAUGCAGCCACAGAUAGUGACAUGUAAGCAUGAAUCUUGGGCAUAAUCAUGAGUAAACUGACACUACAUUUCCAGUAAUUUGUCUCAAUAUGUAAAACACUCUGUUGGUUACAUUUGAAAGGACUUGUAGAAAUGUCACAAUGUAAGUUGGGGGAGGAAAGCUACACAACAGAAUAUUAAUACCUAGUCUCUUGCAGAUCUUUGACAGUUUAGUGAAGUUCCAGCAUGAGUGAAGAUAAUUGGAUCAUAAACAUACACAUUUAUUCCUAAAUUGUUCAAGUGAAAACAUGUCUGUCAUGCCAUGAGGUGUCCCAAGAGUUCUCAUUCUCCUUUUUAAAAAUCAAAAGUGCUGCAUAGUAUUUUCAUUUACUUAUUUUACUCUCAGAGAGCUGUCUUGGAGACUUUUUCAUCCCAGUAAGAAAUAGAAGGUCAACUGAAGUUCUUUCUAAGUGUUGCUUUUCAAUAUGGCACAUUGAUGGAGCACCUCACAGUGGUGCUGGGAGCACUUGACCUGUACAAAAAAAUAAAGUAGAAUUCUCUGGUUUGAAGCAUGCCUUCCACUUUACAAUCUUUUGGCAACUGAAGUUUGUUUCGUUUUCGGAAUUCUGGUUUCAUUGUGAAAUCCUAAUCUUGCAUUGGCUAAUAAAAACCUUAAAGGAAGUUGUCUUACAUGAGAAUUCUACUGGUUUUAUUUUAUAUUUUUAAAAAGCCAGUGUAGGUUUAAAACUUUUUCAAAAAACAAAAUGCAGCACAGCAUAAGGUUGCCAUAUUUCAAAAAGUUAAAAAAUCCAGACACAAAAGCUGUUGAGCUUUUUUUGUAUUGUUUCAUUUGGCCAAAGCUUGCUGCGUAGAUUUCUCAUGAGAAUAUUCUGCAAUUGACUUGAUGGGGAGAGUGAAAAAAAUUCCACUGUUCGGCUAACUCAAGCUUAUCUGCCAACGGUAAAUGAGAAACAAGGGUGGAUCUCUUACCUGGCAUGACUUCAUUACAUGUAUGUAUUGUACAUGCAUAAGAAAACAUAUAAAUGCUUUUGGAACAAAUUGCAGAACCUUUAAAUUUAAUGCUCAUUCUUCUGAUUGUCUCUUGAGAAUUGAUACUAUAUAAUUGUAUUUUAGCCCCUUGAGUAUUGCUUGGACCAGUGAUGAUUAGCUUAGUCUAUCAACCAUGUAACAUUAUUGCUAAUGUCUGUUAACUUUGUAUUUGUCAUGCUAACUAUUAAAAGAAUGCAGCAAAUUGUAGGCUGGAUUCAAGGGAGGAUGGUGCCUGUGAUACGACUCAUCAGCUUUCAUAUACAGCAGCAGGAAAAACAAAAACCUUGCUAAGGCUUCACAUUCUCACAAUGUGGAAAAGUACACUUUUAUUUAUUAAAUUUGUAUCCUGCCCUGCCGCCCAAAGGAGGCCAGAGCAACAAACAUCAAAAUGUUAAACAAUACAAUUUAAAGUGAAAUGAAAACAUACUUUAAACAAUCUGAAAACAUUUUAAAGCAAUUAAAGUAUCUAAAAAACAUAACAUGCAUGCCAGCUUAAACCAGAGACCAAUCUGGUUUUGUAUAUUAUUUGGGGGGGGGGAGCCCUAGAUAGGAUUUUGCAUGACAGUUCUUUUAUUUUGGCACAUAAUGAAAGGCUUGGAUAAGUCUCCCAGAUUUUAUGCCAAUCUUCCAUUUAGAGUUCAGUUUGCACAUCUGUUUUCAAAUUCUACAUGUAAGCUAAAAGCUAUAUGGGCUAUUGUGUGCAUUUGAUUAAGUUAUCAUAUUUAUCUAUUUCAUAAAAAUAUUUCUAGACUGCCCCUCAUAUAAAAAAUUGGGGGUGUAUGCAACAACAUUUAGAAGUACAAUAAAACAUAAUAUACAAGAAAGACAAUAUAAAAUAAUCAUAAAAAUGACGGGCUCAUCCUGACAAAGUUUAAACAACUCCACACCCAGUGUGGGAGAAGCUCAAAUCUGUUGCCUUGGGAAAGUUCCCUGAGAGAGACUCAAGUGUUGUUUGGUUAAAUAGAUGUCGGAGGAAAACUUCACUUAACCUUAACCAACACUCAUGGCCAGUAAAAAAAGAGGCGAUGGUACUCUUUUCCAUCACAAAAAAAGGCACUGCUUAUAUUUGUGCUUUGUGAGACAACACGUGAAUGCUGCAAAUUCAGUACCGUAUUUUUCGCUUUAUAGGACGCACUUUUUCCCCUCCAAAAAUUAAGGGGAAAUGUGCGUGCGUCCUAUGCCUGCACUCCGGAGGCUUUGCGUUGCUUUCGCUGAAGCCAGGAGAGUCUGGUCUUUGAGGCUGGCAGUGGGGGAAAGCAGCGCUUCCCCCCACCGCCAGCCCCACAAGCUCGGUCAAAAAGCCCACAGAAGCCGUGUGCUCUUUCAAGGGGCUGCACGGCUUCUGCUGGCUUUUCUAGGAGGUGGGGAAAUUCCCCCACCUCGUAGAAAAGCCCGCAGGAGCCGUGCACCCUUUAAAGAGCGCAUCGCUCUUGGGGGCUUUUCCCCGAGGAGGGACAAGGGACUGACUGGCCACGUCAGUCCCUUCUCCCUCCUGGUCGAGAAGCCCGCGCGGCUCCUAUGGGCUUUUGUGGAAGGUGGGGGAAUUCCCCCACCUCCCGCAAAAGCAGGGAGAAGGUCUGGGAGGGAAAUCAUAUUUUUUUCCUUGAUUCCCCCUCUGAAAACUAGGUGCUCCCUAUCGUCAGGUGUGCCCUAUAGAGCGAAAAAUACGGUACUUUGAACAGAAGAGAAUACAUGGGGAAGAUAUGUAAAUUACUGGGCAACCUUGUCUCCAGUGCUAUGAGUAGUCUACUUAUUGGGCCUGUGAAAGAGAGGCUAAAAUGAAGGCAACACAAAAAGCAGGACAAAUAUAAUAACCAAGGGUUAUAUGGUCAGUAAAAACUUGAGAUGACAGGGAGAGAGUCAAGUUAAAUUAUGCUGGGACUGGUUUAUGGCAUGUAUGUACAUGUUCAGACACUCUCCUCAGAUUUACAACAGAGUGACUUAUUUUAAUCCCUAAGUAAUUGCAGCCAGCACCUUCAAACAUGGAAGCAGUGGAAGAGGUUUCGGAGCAAAGGGUGUAACAUAUGCUUCAGAAAUUAUGCAGUGUAUUGAGUAACUGCGAAGAACUAGGGCAGGCAGUCUUUCUCCAUUAUCUUAAUCUACAGAGAAAAUCAAAAGAGUGUUAUUUGCAUGGUUUAGGGUUGGCACCGGGGGGAGAGCAGGGCUCUUGUGCUUUGAACAGCUGUGUGGCAGGCAGAAAUUGAACAGGUGAAGUCCUUUCUAGUAUAGAAAUACAAUUAUUGUUUUGUCAGAAACAUUGCUUGCUUGCUUGCUUGCACUUGGCUCCUAAUUUAUGUUUGUCACCUUCACCCCACGCAAAGGAGGAUGUAGAUUUGCAUAUGAUUAAAAGCAUACACAAAUAUGUGUGCUCUUUUGUGAAUAUGGUAAAACCCAUAAUCCACAUACAUUGUACUGGUUUGAGAAAAUCAAAAACAACCCCCACCCCAGGUAAUGCUUGCCCUCAGGUUGAAAAGAUUCUCCAUCCUUGCAGUACACACAAUCCCACAAGGAAGCCCCACUGAACUCAAACAUCUGAGUAAAGCUUACAUGAGCUCAAGCUAUGGUUGUUCUCAAGGGUGGAGAGAUGGAUCCAGAUAUGGCGAUUGCUCAUGGGGAAUUUGAGGUUUUUGUCCUUUACUAUUUGUUUUUCAAAGGGCUACAUGAGAAUGAACAGGUUUGUGUGUGAAUGCUCAGUUUUAAGCCCUCUAAGCUGGUCUCUGUUUAGAAAGUAAAUACUUUCCCCUCCCUAAAGUUAUUUGACUUCUGAAGGACAUGGCUAUUGGAUUGCUGAGGAAUCCCCUGAGGCUUGUUUCAUUUGUAAUAAUGCCUUGAGCUUUCUGCUGCAUCCUGUUGGAGUGACCUUCUCUUCAACCCUGUAGUGGCAGCUGUGCUACAAAGCUAGCCCCCCCUUGCUUCCCCUCCCCGUAAGGGGUUGUCUUACUUUGAACUGUGACCCUUUUGUGUCUUACCAAGGCAAGAGGGACCUCUCUCUCUCUCCCUGUACAUGGCCACAAUAUUUCUCCCAUGCCUAUUUUGUUCCAAGCCAUUGAACAAAUGGAAAGCUUCAAAACGAUGGCAUUCUUAUUUCAGUUUUCAGCUGGUGUUGUCUUGUAUCAUGUUAGCAGGAGAAAGUCCUUUUUUGGGGAAAGAAAGCGGGUAUCAACUUAAGACAUCAGCAACUUAAGUUUGCUGAUGUCAAAGUAGUAGCAGUAGCACUUCUUAUGGAUUUACUUCAUGCCAAUCGCCAAGCGUUUAAAUGAGUUGGCUUGGAUUGUUUCCCUACUUUCUAAACAGGUAUAAAAUUCUUUUGUUCUGUAUUCUUAAGCUGGUUUGGAUUAAAUAAAAAAAUAUUUCUGUCCCACUUAAAGCAGCUAAUGUUAAUAAUAAUAUUUUAUAUGCUGCCCAUCUGACAGGGUUGCCCUAGCCACUCUGGGUGGCUUCCAGCAAUAAUGAAACCAUAUACUAAGGUUAUAUGGUCAGUUUUAAAAGCAGUGUGAGAUAGCUUGACAUGAAGCCUAAGAAGGCUUUUUGCUGUUCUCCUAAAAGUGAAAGAGGCUCUGGCUACCCCACGACCCCUAGGAAAGUUCCAUAUGCUACCAUGGAGCGCAUGGGCCAUCACACCUUAAAUAUCUGGGUAUUGAUAAUGGGACCUCUCCAAUAGAUCUUAAGGCUGGGGUGGAAUUUUUUGAGGUCUCGUUUUGGAUAUUCAGGACGAGGCCAUUUAAGAGCUUUAUCCUAUUUUUUCCUGAAGACUCUGAACACAAUUAUUUGAGAAACGGGUCUCAGCAUACUGAACUGCAUGUGUUUCCUACAAAGACAGCUGUGCCCCGUCAAGCAAUCACUUGCAUGGGAGACCUCUAAAGUUAGGGCAAAUAAUGAGGGGUGAAGCUCAUGCAGUAUAAGAUUGGAGUUGCACUUACGUUGUACAGUGAGUUUUAUUUAUUUUUAAUGACUACUCACCUUUUCUCUCCUUUCUCCUGGUCUAGGGCUUAAACAGAUCACCCAGCCUUGCGAAACCAAAUCUUCAUCCACGAAUAACACGCAUCUGCCUCAGGGACUUGAUAUUCUGUAUGGAACAAGAAAAAGAGCUGAAGCACUCUCUAGCCUUGUACCGAGCUCUUCUGAAGUAACGGCUAGGCAGUUUGCGUUUUGGCUUGCCAGCAUUUGUUGCCAAAGAACACCUGUUUGCACUAUCUUGAAACCUUGGUUUACAGUGAUCACCUGUUUCCUUUUCCUUUUUUCUUAAACGAAGGGAACCACCUAGAACAGUCUACUGGGUGGUUACUAGAAACAUGUAUGCUGCCUGAAUGCACUGGAGACAGAAGGCUUCAGGAGUCUGCGAAAUUCAGUAUAAGCAACACUUGUGUCAGUAUUUCAAUCUGCAAUAUUAUCCUAUGAAUAUUGUGCCUUGUAAUGCUGCAGUUGGGGAAGGGUGGUAUGACGAAUGUAUUUAAUCACAAACCAGCAGGCAAGCAGCUUGCUAGUGUGUUGCCUACAGGAUUCAACCUCUCUAGCUGUCCUAGUUUUUAGAGUUCACUAUAGCUAGCUGGAAGAGAAACCACUUGGGAGCAAGCCAAAGAAGUGCCAAAGUGAGAUCUGCAAUCUAUUGCCUCCAAAGAAAGGGGGACUUCCCAGUGGCAUGGCUUGUGCUGCCAGUACUACUGGACGAAUGAAGCAAGCUGGAACUGUAAGAGUUCAGGCGAGCAGCUUUUGGAAAUGUAGUUGCUGAAAUCUAAAAGGCAAAUCCGGUGGAACACUUAACACAGGCCGAUUGCCCUUUCCAUUCCAUUUCCAGCAUAACAAUGACUUUGGAUGCGUUCGGUUUUGCAUCUGUGCCGACUUUAAAGCAGGGAACUAUCUUGGAGGCUCUUGCAGUGUGGAACACUGCUUUAUGUAAAGUAUAGAAUAUAAUUAUUUGAUCUCCUGCUUCCUACCUUAUGGGAAUCAAAGAGCAGACAUAUAAUUAUCAGGGAUUUGAUCUUAAACUGUAAGUUUGGAUUCGAUUCUGAAAUCCGCUGAAUGGGGAGAAAAAUUCUGCUGUGGCAUUUCGUGGGAUAGCACAAAACUCUGCAAGGAGCUGAAGUUAUAGUUCUGGCGGCCUUUAAAGAGAGCCUGCUGGUUUGCCUGCAGUGAAUCACUCCAGAAGAAGUUGGUUGUGGAGAGCCACAUGAAGACACCUUUUGCACUUUUCUACAAAUUCUGCACUACCCUGUGCACAUAAUGUAUAACAUUGGGUGUAUACUGGGAUGGGUAAGAGAUAGCAGCUGAAUGUCUUUACCAUUAAAGUCUUUAUUUUUAAAGGCUUUCAAAGCUUUUGGGUAUGCCACCUUACAAAUUGGGGAAACCGUCUAACUUAAGAUACCAGGACUACUGCAGAAUGUUGAGAGGCUCUAAUCUAGUUAGUUUCUCGGUUAGAAAAACUGAACUAAGUUAGUUAAACCUACACAGUGAAUUAUUUGUGUGUGUGAAAUGUCAGCAAGAUACUGGUGGGAUAAAGCAGACAGAAGAAGAAAGAUAAUUGUAUAAUAAAAUGCAUAGCUUUACUAUUUAUGUAAAGUACAGCAUUUCCCCGGUUGUGUAUUCAGUCUUACUGACAGAUGUUUAAAAUUAUUUUAAAUACUGCAUUAAAAUAACUAUUUUAU